CCGUGUUGCUGUAACCAGAUCGCUCCAUUAAACUCACGGUCUGUUUCUUUCACAUACUGUACCACACAUAGACUUUUCUUUUAGGGUUUACCUGCUAGAAGUACUUACAUUCCUUUUUCCCUUGCCCACAGCAAAGAUGGCUUCUCAGGCGGGGCACUUGCAACAUUGCGUCAUAUCCAGGCGCCACUGCCCUUUCUUCCCCAUUCUAAGCAGAGAACGUUGCCAGCCAUAGGCGAGCGGGGCCAGGAGAUUGGUUGAGCUGCGCUGACGUCAUGCGGAGGAAGCCCCACCCUCUGGAGCAGUAGAGAGACAGGGAGACGGAGAGCGGACGGUGAGGUACCAGACUGAGCUUUAGCAUGUUGGGGGGGGGUUACCUAGCAACCCCUGCCCCUCUGUUACCAGGGAUGGGUACCAGCAUGUCCCCCCUCAUCCCAUGCCCCUAGCUGGGGGGCUGCACAUCCAGCCCUGUGCCAUCACUCCUCUGCAUGCAGCGUGUCCCUGUAUGAAAGCAGGGGAGGAAUUCAGAAUUAACCCUUGUUCUGAUUGAGGCCCUGUAUCCCAUUAAAUCCCAUUACAUACCAUCACAUACCAUUACAUACCAGGGCAGACAGUGGGCUUCUGCAGUAAUGACUGGCCUGGGGACCACAGAUUCUUAAUGAACUACAUUCCCUAUGGUGCUCAAGUCUUUAGGCUGGCAGGGCAUCAUGGGAGAUGUAGUCCUCUCAUACAUGGGGUGCAAAGGCUUUGCCAUCACUACUUCAUGGUGCAGGACCUCUGCCCCUCCCCCCCUCCAUUGGGCACAGCAUUGUGUUAAUGGAUGACAAACCUCUGGCAAUGCAGCUGCUGUGCCCUACACUUCAUAUAAUGUGACUUCUCAGACAAUGAUUGAGAUCCUAGGCAAAAAAACAAACAAAAAACAGCUGGAUUCAUAGAAAUCAUUUAUCACAUGUUUUAUUCACUAAUCAGGGAAUUGUAGUGUAAUGAAAACCAAAUUGCAAGAUUUUUAAGAAAUUAGCAGGAAAAAUCUAGUAGGAAUUUUGCAUUUAGAUUUUCUGUUCACUACAAUUAGUUUAGUGUUAAAACGUUAGGCACGGUGACACCAAGUCUCCACCUUUUUGUGACUUGCAUAAUGCAGACUGAUUAAAUCGUUUUUAUACCAGAAUUGUUCUGCUGCUGUUAGCACUGUAGUUGUUACAGUGUUUUGUGAAUAACUUUUACCAUUAAGGAGAUAUAAAUGAUGCAGAAUAGUUCCAUUGCUUAGUUCCCAGAGACAAGGUAUGGGGGUUCAAAAUGGUUUUGAAAAAUAUAGUAUUGGCUAGCUGUAUUACAUUUACAUUAUAUUGCUAUAGUGACAUUGCAUAAUGUAUUGGUAUUUUUAUGGUAACUGAUAUGUUAGUCAUUGUUCAUAUAAUUGUGUGUGUCAAUCUUUCUUGGUGCAGCCAUGAGUCUAUUUAACCCCUUAAGGACACAUGACGUGUGAUAUGUCAUGAUUCCCUUUUAUUCCAGAAGUUUGGUCCUUAAGGGGUUAAAAUCAUUAUGUGGGUUUAAAAAUAUAAGUGAUUAUAAUUCGGUUUUUUUCCAUGUUUUUUUUUUUCAUAUGGUGUUCAAUGUCGUUGUUUAUUUUUUUUUAUUUUUUUUACACAAUAGCAAAGUCAUAAUAUUUUUAAUGCAAGUUAUUCAUGUUUUAUCCUUGAAUUAAUGUGGAAAUGCCUGGACGUAGCAUUACUCAAAGUAGCUGUAAUCUGAUGUUAACCAUGUAAAUCAAUGCUUUUAUAUUUUGCUUAUUUUUAGAUUGCAUUCUUUAUAUGUUUUAAUGUCUCCACCAGCCACACAGGUUUUUGUUAACAUUGAACAUUUUCUAUAUGGCUUUUUAAUAUCCAAGUGAACAAUAACAUCAUAAACAUGAAUGGAUACUAUACCUGUGAUGCAUGUAGUACUGGUAGCGGUGGUCUCUGAAUAAAAGGUGUUUGCUUGUUAUUGUAGAAAGUAUUUUUUAUAAUUUUCUUUCUUGUAGCAGGAGUGGCGAUGUACUGGCAUAUUGUUUUCAGUCUUGUCUUGUGAUAGGUUUGUUUUGUUAUAGACCAAAGAUAUUUGAAGAAUUCGUCCAAAGUUUAAAAAUUUGCAGUGCCUUUGGACAUUUAGCUAACCCAACCCCUUUGUAUUGCUUCAAAAUCUAGGUAUUAAAACACCUAUAAAUACCAGUUCCGUUUAUUGGCAAAAUAUAAAAAGUAGUUUAUUCAGACUAAAAAAAUAAAUAAAAAAAAUAAUCUUUUUAAUCCCAUUGUGUAUCCUUGUUGACUACAUGCAUGGUGCAUAACAAAUCAUCAUUUGCACUGCUAUGUUCUUGUAGAAGUUAGUCAGAUAUUAUUCUUUACUGACUUAGUUCUGCAACACCUUGCAAUAUUUACCUUAUGGUCGGUCAUCCUUGGCAUAGAGUCAGUGUCACUUACCAAGGUGUUGCAGAUUUCAGAUUCAGAUCUUACAAAAAUUAAACUGUGCUUUAAAGGUAAAUUUAUAUUUCUAAUUUAGAAGGGAAGAUAUUAGAGAAGUUAAAUGCAUGGUGACCAUAGUCGUUUGGUUGUAAUGCAUUCCAUGGUAGCCUAAUUACCUCUCUUGCCAUAUUGUAAUGUAUGGAGAAAUAAUGUAUUUUGUCUCUGAGUGUUAGGUAAGAUUCACAGAAUUAACUGAGAUCAGGGUAAAUACAGCAAAGUAUUGUAGUGGUGACAGUUAAAAGUGGUCCUAUUCAGAUGGUUAAGAUUCUGGGCAGGGCAUUGUAGCGGUGACUUUCAGAUGAUUACAGCACAGAGAAGGACAUUACUGAGGUGACAUUCAGAUGCUUAUUGCUACACAGGGCUGAUAUUCAGGUGGUAAUGCAGGAUAUUAAAGAUGUGAUAUUUAGGUGGUUAUAGCACGCAGCAAGGUACUGCAGAGGUGACAUUCAAAUGAUUGUGACAUAGAAGAGUGUGUUUCAGAGGUUAAAUCCAGAAAAAGCACUGUGAUAGGUAAUAGAGAGAACACAUACAGAUAAUCAGAGGACGCCUGCCUUAGGCCAAAUAACAACACUUCACUGAACAGACAGCUUCAGAUGGCCUUACUGUUUGUUACAUAGUAUUGUAUUUAUGUUCUUGUAUAAUGUAAGGAAUCAAUGGUCAGCCAGAUAGUAAUGCAAUUAUAUUCUACAUAAUCUUUAUUUGAUAAUGAGGCAGAAAAGGUACCUUGCAUUCCCAUAACAAGCUGAUGGCCUGGGUUGCCCGACGCAAAUACUGACCCAUUUCUUGAAUCACAAAACAUUGCUAUAUUGAAUUCAAAUGAUGAUCAUUUGAAACCAUUAAUAAAUUGAUUGUAGAGGUUAAAAUCUGUACUCCUUGCCCUCCAAGAAAAGGAAUUCAUGUGAUAAGUUAUCAUGUGCACAGCAGGUUAUGACGUGCAUAUUCAUGUGUCAGUCAAUGACAGGUUCUCAUUAAUUAACCUUUGCACUCCUGGACUAUAAUGAACACUCCGUUUACAGAAAUCUCUGUAUUGAUGGACUGUUAGAAGUGUCAUGAACUCUGAUAUUUUUGUUCAUAUAAACUAAAAUAGUAUGUUUGUAUGGUUUAGAUUCCCCCCCCCCUCCCCUCCCCCCCUAAUCUUAUGUAUACUAAUAUAGCAUCUAUUUGCUAAGCUUGCAUGUAUGCAAAAAUCCAACAUGCAUAAUAAACCGGGGUGGGGGUGGGGGGGGGGAUUCAUUGCUAAUUCUGGAAAUUCAAUGCUAAUGUGUCAGAUAAUACAAAUUGAAUUACAUUGUUUCAGUCUAUGAAGGUUAGAAGUUAUAAAUUACAGUCAAGCUCAGGGACAGCCAAACUGUAGUUUCCCAGAUCUAUAGCUGGACUUCAUUUCCCGUAACAACCCUCUAAUAUUUAGUAAGCCAACACUGAGGUACAUUAUAGUUUAGCUGAAAGAUUGAAAUGUGUGUAACAGGAUGCUAAUUAUAGAAAGGGUUAAACACACAAAAAAAGGGUUCUUUGUUUUCCAAUGUGUCAUCUUGUUUUAAUAGGCGUUCUCAUACAGAAUGGUGGCGAGAUGACAUUAAUAUUGAUUAUUGCAAUUCCAUCAUUUGUUUUUGGAUGUGUCAUCUUGUUUUAAUAGGCGUUCUCAUACAGAAUUGUGGCGAGAUGACAUUAAUAUUCAUUGUUUUAAUACCAUCAUAAAUGGUUGCAUUUUAGUCUUAAGAAACAUUCUGACUUUAAAUUCUUUAAUCUGCAGUGACAAGCUCUUUAAAAGACUAAAGUAAUUAAAUGAACUUGUAAAGGGAUAAUCCUUCACGGCAGUGGCAAAGUCAGUGCUGGCAUUGCAAGGGAAAGAUUGAGACACGUGGCUGUGAAACGCUUUCUAGAAACCCUGGGGUGGCCUGUUUUCAGAAUAAAAUCUGAGACAUAAAAUGUCGCAAUGAAGGCAAGCAUACAAUCACACUCACUGUUAUGCUUGCCUGUUUAAGCUGCAACCUACACACAUGAAACAAGUAAACAGGAAACUCUGGUUGUCAUUAGGCCUUACAAAGGCUUUUUAAAAUAUUCACUUUUUAUUGUAUGCAAAUCGUUUCACAGUGUAGCCAGAUUUUGAGUAAUGCUAUGGAUUCCGCCCAGGAAAUGGAGGAUGUGGGUGGCAUAAAUGAGAUUUAUUUUUGGUUUCUUUUAAGAUUGUUGAUGUUAUUGUAUUGCUGUUGAUGUUCUUAUCUAGGUCAUGAUAAUUUAGAAUGAAAAUAAAAACACUUGCCUUGAUUUGGAGGAAUACAUAUUAUUGCAACUUUAUUCACAAAAUAUUGAAUUGUCAGGUUUUCAAAUUGAAUUUCACAUUUUAGGUCAUUAUAGCAACAUUGAAAGCAAAGCUGAAUUGGAGAAUUUUCAAUUUUGGCUUUUGUGGCUGGAAAUGAAAAGAAUUGUGAUGAAUUCCUGACAGUUCACACUUAUGACGUAAUAAAUUAAAAAUGUAUGCUAAAAUACCUUUGAUGUGACUACAGCUAAACUGGAAAAAUUCUAUAAUUUUCCUAUAUAUAGGGGAGAGGGUGGGACCUAAAGUCAUGCAUAGGCUGCAGGUGAGGAAUAUAAUAUUAAUAAAUAUUUUUAGAGCCCUACAACAGGGGGACACUAUGUGCCCCUCGUUUAAAUUCCAAUCAUGGGAUAGAUAUUAAUCUAUCCACCUAGUGUUCUUCAAAUUGGACUUGAUGCCCAUGGGUGGAGACACCCGGGGAGAGGGGUACAAAGAUAGCAGCUCCUCUCUGUUUAGGGAUAAGCCACCACUGACAACAUGAAAAAUUGGUUCAUUAUGGGAGUAUUAAACCUCCUUCGUACUAAUGUGGGGGUCACAUGCAGUUUUUAACAGUUUGCUCGCUGAUUUUUCGAGCCGUCAGCGUGAAAUGGUUAAUUCAGAAGCAACUGAAAUACUUCUGGAUUUGGCAGUGUGGCGGCUCAGAAUUGUUUUUGUGUUUUUUCCCCAUCUAAUUGCCUGACAGCCCAAAAAUAACCAAACCACAAUUUGGCUGAAACUGAAUCUUCAAUUCUUACAAAUAUAUAUUUUCUGAGACAAAAAUAAGUUUUUAUUGUUUUGUUUUUUUCUUUGAGGAAGAAUCUGAUUAGCAUUUCUAAUCUGUGCGAAUACUGUUUUUUAUUCCGUAGCUCGUCUGUCAUGGCAGCUGCUGUAAGGACACUGCCAAGGGAUCAGAUGCAGGGAGAGAACAGAGCAGGAUUAAUAUGCCAUGUGACUUAUACAAAGCAUUGCUUUUUGGCUUUAUUUAAGGGCACACUGUAUGUUUUGUUAAAGGAGCACACCAGCCUCCCACACAUGUUGGGUGCAGUGUGAAGCUUAGGUAACUUUGUUACUCUGUGCUCGAUAUUUUAGUUUUUUAUCUCCAUGCGGUUCUUUUAAAUGGUAAUUUCUCUUGCUUCAUGGAAGAAAAAAAGGAAUUAUUUGCUAUAAAACUAACAUGUUCCAUUGAAAACAAAAUACACAUUGAUGUCAGUUCCCUUUUUUUAGCUGAUCUUUUUUUAAACUCUUAAUCGACACACUUCCCAUAAGUGGUUUUCUUUUUAACAGGAAUAUGUAGUAAGUUAACCCUUGAAGGUCCAGGGCUAGACAAAGCUCUAAUUGUGACCAUCUUGAUGUUAUCUGGAUGAGGUUUUUCUUAAAAGUGUACCUGUUACGGUACUCACAGCUUUAGUGAAAAUGAAUGACUACAUUUCAGCUAUUAUUGCGACAGCAGAAUUAAUUGUUAUUGUGACAGUGGGCUUAUCACUCCACAAUUUAUGUGAAGACCAUUGGCUGUUCUUGGAAUGUCCCCAUGUGUUGGCGCUCUCUAGCCAGAGCAUUUCAGAUUCAAUCCCGCUUAUUUGUGCCAUUACAGACAUUUUGUUAUGAACAAAAUGAUCGCAACCACAUGUGCAGUUUGCUUCCCAAACAUCCGGUAAGUUUCCCUGUACAAGAAGUAUAGCAGCCACAUAGGUAUAUUUUGCUCUUUCAUACCUUUGUCGCCAGGAUAUGAAUGAUAUCCUUCUGGAAAUAGUGAACAAAGUGCUUCUUCAUACUCAUGAAACUUGGAGAGCCUGUAAGUUAGAAAUAUUGCUCUAAAACAGUGGUGAUGUUUGGUACGUGGGGUCCCAGAUAGGACAAAAGGCUGGACAUACUUUUAGGAUUGAGGAGCCUCUGUGCCAGUAAUGUAAGGCAAAUAUGUAUGUUUUAUAUAACCUGUAUUUAUGUAUCCUUGCUCAUAAUAAUGAUCUCACAAAAACUUUUCCAAUGGCUUUAUAAUCACUAGAAAUAAUACUCUAUAUAGGAAGUAACAAGCAUUCACAAAACCACUCAUCACACAUACACCUGCAGUGACUGAAUUUUACCAUGCUUCACAGAUAAACCCUCCCUGCCUACCAGUCCCGCUAGUGAGUUUAGUUGGUUUACAUCAUACUCAUGCUGCCUGUUUGUGUAUUCUGAACUGUAUCUUUGUAUAGUGUUACUUUGAUUUCUUAGGAAUUAUUUGUAGAGGUAGUUUAUUUUUAAGUUGGCGCAUUGAAGUAUUUUGGAAACCAAAAUAUGAACUUUAUUACAUUAUAUAAUAAAGUGUGGCUGCAUGAAUGAGCACUACCGGUAUUUUAUGUAGUUAUUAUUACCUUGAUUGCAGUUGUUUCCCACCACAAACUAUUUUAAGUGCGUGUAAAAUUAUUUACACUUCUAGGCAGAUGUGCCAUUGCAUUUCAAUUAUUUAGAUAAUAUAUAAAUAUUCGAGAGCUCUAGCCAAUCUCUGGUCUCCCAUUCAAAGACGUUCGACUUACUGAGCUAUUAUGCAUAUGUUAUCACGCACAGGGCCAGAAUUAGAGCCCAUUUGGCCUUAUGCUGACAAUGAUGAUGGGCCUAAUUACAGAAUCCUAUAGACUGAAAACACAAAAACAGUCAUACCUUCCAUGCGUCUUCUAUCUAGUGGCGGUGGUGCUGGAGGGAAACUCACAGGAUAUAGCUAUCAGAAAACACAUACCCAAUGCUAAUCUCUCGUUUUCAUCUUACAAGUAAAUCCAUACCGCCUAACCGCAGUGUCUGGUGAAGUAGGAUGUCAGUUUUCCUUUUUUAAAUCAAUGGGCUUAUUCCAUCGGCAUGCAGCGCCAUCAGCCCAUAUAUUAAUCUGGCCCUGAUCACGCACACACUAUUAUGCACAGUGAUUCUUUACCAAUAUUGACUAAACAAAACUGUCUAACCUUCAAAAUAAUUAUGUUUAAUUUUAUAAAAACUUUGUUCAAGUGCCUGGUCAUGUUCCUCCAUGCAUCUGCUUCACGCCUGGUAAAGUCACUAGUAAGAUAAAGUGCAAGUGUAGUGCACUCCAAAUCAGCACUUUUAAAUCCAUGACAAUCACUUGAACAAAUUUAAAGGGUUUCUUCAUCCAAAUCAGUGUUUUAUUAAAACACUGUUUUUAGAUAAUAAACCAUUUUCUGGUAUUGUCCACCCUUUUAAAGGAAGACGAAAAAUAGAAAUACAGCAAAACUUGUUUACAAUCCCACAACGAGGCCAAGUUCUCCCUUCAGUCCAAUCAUUCUUCAGUGAUGUUACUCCCCUCGCUGCAGGAGGAAAGAUGUGCCAGAGAUGGGGGCGAGCUGCCACUGGCCAACAGUUGUAAUGUUAUGUGUGCCGACAAAAGACCCUUUUAUGCACAGAACAAACAUUAACGGCAAGUAACUCUUGUUCUUGGCUAAUGAAUCUGCUGGAAGCAGAGUUACACCUCCAGUGGCAAAGUUCUGUAUCUAUAUAUGUGCAGUGUUUUGUUAUUGUAACACUGCACAUACAGACUCCAAGCACCAUGACCACUUCAAAUAACUGAAAUGAGGAUUUAAAUAUUGUUGGCAUUGUAUGAGUGAUUCAUUCAUUCUACGAGGGAACUGUCAGCUGCCCAGCUUCCUCCUAGAGAUUCAACACUUCACGUUGGAAGUGAGUUACCAGAUAUUGGAACUGUGUCACACAACGGUUUUUUUUUUGUUUGUUUUUUUUAAAUUCUUUAUUUUUGAGUGCAGAGGUAAAUAUACGUUUCAGCAAUAUAACAUGGCUUUAGAAAGAGAUUGACAAUGUUCCGUAUAGCAUAUUCAUGGUGUGCUGCACUUUUUCUCUUUUUUAACAGGAUUAAUAUCAAGAUAUAAAACAGGCUUGUCAACAUUUUCUGUUGUAUGUAUUAUAACAGGAGAUAGCUUUCUUCCAAGCGCCUCUGAGAGGAGUGGUGGGUGUUAGGUUCUGUGUGGAGGUUUGCAGUGGCAUCCCAUGUGUAUGCCUGUGGUAUUCUGAGGGAGUUCCCCGGUGUGUGGGGUGUAAUUUGCCUAGUGGCUGUGAUAUUAGGGUACGUGGCCAGGAGCUCUGCCAAGGCGUCUGAGGGGAGAUGUGUGACCUCCUCUUUAUGUGUUGCCCCUAACCCGGGGGGGGUGGCAGUGUCAGUGUGCCUCAAGGAGUUUGUCUCUGCAGGUUCUAGCGCUCUGGUAGAGCAGUGGUCUGGAAUGUUUGUAAGAGAGAUAAAGAGAAAUCAGAAAACCAAAUAUACAAAUGCAUCUUAAAUCAAAACAGGUAUAACGACUUGUGUCGAUUUUGCCCCAGAAGUUUUUUUUAUUCCGGUGCCGUGGCCAUAAGCAUUGGCCCAGUCCCCAUUAGUUGUCAGCCGUCCGUUGCCUGUGAUCCUCCGGCUCUCGGGACAAAGGGGGUGAUGUGGUCAGGGUCCCACGUGCCCCUGGGGGUGGUCGACAGUGGGUCCUGAUGGCUGUCCAUUAGUCCCAGUGCUUGGAUGAUGGCCGGUGCCCCCUCUAUUGACGUGAGUGUGUGAUUUAUUUCCAUUGUGGGUUACCACAAGCGUUCCUGGGGCUCCCCAGCGGUAGGGUACGGCUGCAGAUCGUAGCUGAGAGGUGACUGUUCCCAAUGACUUCCUCCAGACUAGGGUAUUUUUGGUGAGCUCUUGAUAAAAUGUUAACGAGGAGCCUUCGAAGUUUAGAGGUGUUUUAUUCUUCAGUGCCAUCAUGAUCUGGUUCCUAUGAGGUUAAGCAGCGGAGAAUAAUGUCUCGUGCUGUUCCCGUUGGUGUUUUAGGCGUGCCUUAAAUGCGAUACACUCCGUCCAUAACCAUCUUUUUGGCCGUUGUGUGGGGCAGUAUGGAUGUGAUUAAUCUACAUAUGUAAUGAGGAAGUUCCUCUGCGGUCACCGCAGCAGGGAUGCCACGGAUUUUUAUGUGGUUCCUGCGCUGUUUAUCCUCCAGGGCUGGGAUUUGGUGUGUCAGUGUGACUUGAGUGGUUUGCUAUUUUUGUACUGUCUCUUUAAGGGCCACAAUGUCAGUUUUGGCAGCUAGUAUGUCCUUUUCAGAGGUUUGUACUCUGUCAGUUAUGGCCUGUAUAUCAGUUAUCAGUGCCCUGAGGUCAGCAGUCCACACUUGUUGAAUGUCAUUAAGUAGGAGUUUUAAAUCCUGCUUUGUUGUGGGUGCAGACCCGUCCGGGUUGUCAGUUAUGUGUAGUAGACUUGCCUGGGUGGCUCUCCUCAAUCCGGUCUCCAGCAGGGGUCAGCUUAGGCUGCACGGGCUGUCUCAGCAUGUCCCCAAUGUCUCUGCCGUCAGCCACUGUGUUUGGCUUUUGGGAUCGUCUCCCCAUUGCAGUCCAGUGUUCCGGUUGCAGCAGAGAGGUUAUGGACUCCGUUCCCUGCGAGUGUAGUAUGGUGCUGCCAUGGAGGAGUGCUUCCAGUACCAGGCUCAGAGGUGUGCUGUAGGCCGCGGAUUUUCGCCGCGGUUUGGAGUGCUUUGUCGUAUGAAAGAAAGGCAUCUAUCGAUGCGUUAUGGCUCUGGGGACCCAGCUGUGGCGGUAAGACUGUCGGAUGGGCUAUAGUUGCUUGGAUAUUUGGUUGGAUUUAAUCCGUUGUUUGGGAGUUCUCAGAUAUGGCGUCCGCUUGUCAGGCUUGCAGGCUACGCCCCACACAACGGUUUUUCAUUCCCCAUUCUAAAAUUAAGCAGAAUAAUUAUCAGAUUAAUAUUGUUGUUUUCUUUGCAUGUCAUGCUAUCUGUUAAAGAGCCCCUAAACCUUUUAGGAUUUAUUUUACCUGAGAAUGGAUUCCUUAGUUAUGUAACUAAUGUCCAAACAAAAGGAAUUUGAUUGUGACCUUUUACAAUUUUCAUGAAUUUUUGUUAUUUUCUAAAAACCCAUUCAGAUGUAGUUGCAAGCUUAGGGAGUAACUUUGGGUUCCUAAUUACAUUUGUCCCUCUUUUGUAAAUAUCUCACAGAUUGUAUCUGCAAGUGUUCUUGUAUAUUUUAAAUUACAAACUUUUAUCCAUUAUUUACAUAUCAUUGAAGAUUUUAUAAAGUCUCGUAGGCCAAUUAAUCUCGAUGAAGUGACGUGAGUGUAGUGACCCUGUCCUUUGUAGAUGUUUUUAUGUUUUUUUUUAAAACUGCAAUAUUUACAUUGCAGGGAUAAAGCCAACUAUAGUGGCUAUCUUACUGACUAUAGGUGCUUUUGCAGCACUGAUGUUUACUCGCAGAAGUCCUCAUAGAAAAGCAUUGCUUCAAUGUCUUCCUGUGGUGUGCAUGUGAUGCUCACCGCGCAAACGCUUUGUGUCCUCAAUCUUCCUCUAUGCGGAGCAUUGAAAUGGACCCAUGAUGGGCGCUAUAUAUGAUGUUGUAGAAGGUGGAGAGGUGAGCAGCACUGGGGCAUUGGAAAAGGUUAGGCAAAUCAUUUAUUUUAUUAAUUAUCACACACAGGCUGGAGGCAGGGAGGGGACUGUCUAACUAGGGACAGAGACACUAAACUGUUAGGAAUACAUGUUUGUAUUCCUAGCGCGUUAAUGUUUCUUUAAAGGCUGUGUGUUUUAUGCUAUGCCUUUAUAUAUUGUCGUUCUCUGGCCCAAAAUGCCUUUAUACACUCACAAACAAGUCUAUAAAAAAGGUAAUGUAGUAAAACUCCUAUAAAAUUGUUUUAUGAUACAGAAUAUUUGGCAGAUGCGUAAUUGCCUUUGUCCAUCUGAUUGGCUCUGGUCUGGUCUACUGACAUUUUACAAUAUUUCAAUUGUUUAAAUGAAUACCUCCUAUUUUACUCAGUCCAAUAAAACUACAUUUGUUUUUUCCAACAGAUGGCAUAGUAACAUAAGCCUUAUAUCACGCUAAGUUGAUAAGUCCGUCAAGUACAAUAUACAGCUAUUUCUACUGUUUAUACAGUGGAAGGAAUCUUUACUGCUGCAUUUUGAAGCUAUUUGCAAUUGUGCUUCAUAAACAAAAUAGAACAUUUCUUCUGACACUACUGCAUAAUCAACCUGAAUGUGUUAAAGGAACACUCUGACCAGCCAACAUAACUUAAUUUCAUUUGAUAGAUUUUGGCUUCAUGUUCCUGUUUGUUUUUUCUUCACAUUCAAAACAGCUUAAAAGAAAAUCUACCUGAUUUCUAAGGUAGAUCAGUGUGAGCAGAACUGCCAACUUGACUCUGCCAGACUGCCAAUCACUGUCCUUUUAUCUGUUUAGCGUGUAGAACUUGUGCUAAGGAGAGAGGGACCGAUGAUAAGAGGACUGUGCUUGUUUAUAGGUCGGAGUCAUAUGAACCACAGACUUAGUACAGAUUAUUUUUAAUAAGGAAUUUACUUUGUGUAAAGACGUCUGGCUGAGGAGUGCUGCACAGUAUAUAUAUACUGAAUAAAGCAGUACUUUACAUUGAAAUAUAUAUAUAAGUUAUGACCCUCUGCUAAGAUGGUGUCUAUUUUCUAACAAACCUGUGUCUUAUCUACACUCAUGUCGCUUUAACCCCUGUAUCACAACUCAACUUUGAAUUCUAUGUGUCGUUUUGCUCAUAAAUGCUUCAGACUUGAGAAAGGGAGGUUCUCCCGAAAGCUUGUCAUUAAAAAAUUCUGUUAGUCCAAUAAAAAAGGUAUUACAAGAUAAGAAUUUUAUCUGUUUUUUACAUAUAUAUAUAUAGGUAUAGAUAUUUCAAUGUAAAGUACUGCUUUAUUCACUUUAGUUGGUGCCUGGAGUGUCAUUUUAAAUAGCAGAAUACAUGUAUUCUAAAGCACAGCUGGACACUGCCAUUACCCACCUUUGAUGUAUUAAUAACUAUUUAAAAAAAAUAAUAAUAAUAAACUGGUUAUUGUCGAUAACAUUGGAUUUUAGUAUUUGCCAACGCUGAUUUGUUAUAACAAGUAUUUGCAUUUCAUGUUGCUAUUUUUGUGUGUGUGUGUGUGUGUGUGUGUGUGUGUAUACAUUUUAUAUACAUAUUAUGUAACCAAACCUUCGUAACUAUAUUUAUGUUUAGUGGGGGGUGUAUUUGAGUAAGUGCAUGUUAAUACAAAACUUUUUUUGUAUAUUACAAGUUUGGGUGGAUGUAGUGGUAUAUUCUUAAUGAACACUACCACUGUCAAAGUCCAUUGUACCCUUCUAUGCCCAGAAUUUCCCAGCUCCCCUUUAAUAUUUUCCAUUACUCCCCAUUCCCUGUAUCAAUCCCCACUUCUUACAUAAUGAGCCUUUUUUUGUCUCCUAUAAUGAGCCCCACUUCAAUCACCUGUUUCUAUUUCUAAAUUCUGUAUAUAAGACUGCAGUCCAUUUAAAUGUAUUAUUAUAAAUGGAGGUAUUGUUUCAGAAUGGCCUAUUUAUGUUGCUAUGCACUCCAAAACAGAGUUAUACCAUGGGCAUGUUAUUAGGUUGCAAUAAUGGAUGUAUAUAACUGAGAGAGGUUUAAAUGUUCGUUUAAAACUUUGUUAUCCUAUCUAAUAACCAGCAAUUACACUUGCAAAUCAGUGAAACACAGUUCUGAAAGAGCAAUUACGGGAUACAAAAGAUUCCCUACUCUGAGAGUGCUUACCACAUGCUGUGCAGGCACCUUUUCCUGGAAAAGGAUGAUGGCUCUUAAAGGGAAACUAUAGUGCCCCAUUCAUGGUGCAGAAGGGGUUAAAAACCUCUUCUGUUAUUUACCUGAGUCUUGCGCUGGUGUCCCUCGGUGCUGGUUUAUGCUUUGCCUGCGCUCCUCCCCUACCAUCAUACUUGGCGGGGGAGAUCCAAUGCGCAUGUGCGGCAAUGGCCACACUCGCAUUAGUACUUUCCUAUGAUACAAUGCUUUCCAAUAGAACUUUAGCUGGAUGUCCUCAUGCAUAGCGUGAGGACAUCCAGUAUCCAUUAGACGAUCAAAAGUCACCUAACCACCGGGUCGAUCUGAUAGACAGCCACUAGAGGUGGAGUUAACCCUCAAAGGUAAUUAUUGGUUUAUUAAAAACUGCAAUAAUUACCCUUUGCAGGGUAAAGACCCUGGGAUAUGCACACAGACCACUUCAAUGAGUUUCCCUUUAAAUUUGUGAGAGUCAUUCUUGAUCUUUAAAGUUAAUAAUUCUAGAGGUGACAGAAGCGCUAUAGAUUUGGAUGCUUGUUAGGUGAAGGUCAAUGGGUUGCUGGUAUAAUUGAUGAUAAACGAAUCAUACAUCAAUAAAGCGAUUCCACACUCAUACUACUAUAGCGGUUUUGCUUUCUCAUUUUUGCAUGCAUAGCAUAUGUUUCAAGUAAAAAUGCUGUGCGUCUUUCUAUUAUAAUACUGCAAAUUAGACUAUUUAAUACCAUUGCUUGUUAAAUAGAAAAUGUGUUGGUUGUGUUGCAAUAAAAAUGUUCAAGCUUUUAUCUUGUUCUUAAAUUUGGAAGCCAUAUUAAACCAUCUUUCUAUUUUUAGGUGAAAUGCUGCGUCUCCAGGAGAGGUAGAGUAAACCUGAUACCAACAUGAUCACUCAGUAUCUCUGGCACCAUAGAUCGGAAGAAUUGUACAACCAAAUAUAUCCACUGCAGAAACCGCAACAACCAAACUGAGCAGGCUUCUUGUACUUCACUCAUCUGUAAAACACAAACGGCAAAGAGGAUCAAAGUGCACUAAAAUAGAUGCUGAUUUAAUGGUUACAAAACCAGCUGUCUGGAGGCUGAAGAUAACCCCAUGAAUAUCUACCACGGAGACAUUACAUCUAGCAAUGGUAAAUUUGGAAAAUCAAUACUAUUGGAAUGAUUUACUAGACUUUGUCUUGAAGAAUACUACUUGAAAUGGCACAUUUUUAAAUGAAUCCUUUUGUUGUCCCUCUAAUUUUCCUUGUUUUUCUAUUAUUGAAAUUCCCCAUAUUUUUUAAGUAAUAUAUAGAAAGAGGUAAAAAAUAUUUUUAUUUUCUUUUUUUUAUGGGGAGAGUCCUAUUUGACAAUGGACAGAGGUUUUUAUCUGCUAAGCUAACUUACCCACAAUCCAUAAGAGUGACACAUAGAUAUUCAGAUCUGAAACACGAAAGAAGAGAUAAUAUUGUAAAGCGCUACAGAAUCUGUUGGCGCUAUGUAAAUGGCGCUAAUAAUAAUAAAGUCAGGCCAUUUAUAAAACAUUACAAAUAAGUGUGUGAGGUUUAUUUUAAGUGUGAAUGUGGGUUUAAAGUAAUUUAACUCUGACAUGACGUCUGUGUUUUUAAAGAGCUCAGCAAAGGCAUUUUAAUGCAAAUCUGUUUGUUUUUCUGACGAUUCCAACCUCCGUUCAGUAGAAUUCCCAUUGCAAUCAAUAUGGCCUCUUGUCUUUGACACGUAUCAUAAUUGCUGUGGUGCGAGGAGUGUAGUCUUGCUUUGCAAAAGUUAGCUUUGAGCACUGGGUUACAGAUCACUGCAGACCUACGAGCACCAAUGACUUACCAUUAACUCUUUGGGUGCUAGAGUGUUGACAAAAUGGACACACCCCAAGCACCAUAACCACUACAACACAAUACAGUAGUUAUGGUGCCGGAAGUAUACUGGGCAUUGUAGUAUUAUGGUGCUUGGAGAUUUCCUCUAAUUGAUCUUUGAUGAAAUAUUCAGCAUUUGGAGGGACUACAGCAAUUUAAUGCAUUCGAAUCAUUGUAAACUUAAAUACCUGUCACUAAACUAUGUGAGAUCUAAUGCAUUUUCACAAUGCAAAUAUCUUACGCAGAUAAUAAGGAAAUCAACUUAUCUUUAGUGGUUCUAGUGCUUGAAUCAUUCAAAUUGCAUUACCUAUCUCAGUCUGCAAACAAAUGCAUAUAUAACAUCAGCUUACAUAUUCCUAUUCAGCCUUGUACUGUGUUUUUGGUGAAGAACAUAGUUGCCAACUGUCCUGUUUUUGCCAGGACAGUCCUGGCAAGCUGGAGUCUGUCCCGGGUAAUUCACUCUCGAAACAGACCGAAACAUGUCAGUUUUUUUUAUUACGUUGUAAGUUCCACCUUAAAUUAAUAGAAUACAUGUUAUGGGUGUGUUAGAUAAUUUUAUAAUUUUAAUGAAUGGAAAUGUAUUGGCUAUUACUCAAGCUAUCAUUCAUGAUUUCUGCUGUAAUCGUCACAAUGCUUCUCUCUACAGAUGUCUAUCCCAGUGAGGUUGAUCCAGAGGUGGAACUGGUUAAUAUGUUAGAAGAUGAGCUGCCGCAAUACAAGUUACGAGUGGACUCUCUCUAUCUCUACGACCAACAAGAAUGGAUCCAGUCACCAACACACCAAACGAAGGGCCUCGGCAGCCUGUCCCCUGUGUUGUCCGAGGAGACCUUCCGUUACAUGAGUAAGAUGAUGACUGUUUUAAAAAUACUCUGAAAACCUCUAGGAAUAUCUUGACUUUUGUUGAUACAUCAGGUCAUGAAACCCUGAUUAUUGUGCAUAUCAAAUAAAUAAACCUUUUCUGUUGAAUAGAAGCUAGUCUAUCAUGACUCUAAAAAUCAUAGUAAGCAACAUUAUACUGAUUGCAGAGGAGCCCAUUUAAAGGAACACUAUAGUGUUAGAAAUGCAAACCUGUAUUCCUAGUGCUAGAGUGCAACUGUCCCUAGUUGUAUAUAGGAAAUCCACCCCCAUUUAUCCAGAAAAAAAUAAUAAAAUGAAGCUCCAUGUACUAAACAAAAAAAAAUGUCCAUUUGAUAGUUUAUUGUCUCUGAUGCAUUUUUUCCUUUUUCUUCUCAAAUCUCUAUAAAUUUUGGAGUUCGGUACGAACUAGACUUUGGCACACACAAAAUCUGACUCUGCCUGCUGGUUUCUAUGAUCUCUAACAUUAUUUUUUUUUUAAAGUCUGUUUCUCUGCCUCUAGAUCCAAAAUCCACAGCCACGGCCAGUGCUUUGAUGUUGUUAGUGGUAGUAUUUGCAACUGCUCCAUCAGUGAAGCAUAGUAGUUGAAGGACCACUAUAGGCACCCAGACCACUUCAGCUUAAUGAAGUGGUCUGGGUGCCUGGUCCAGCUAGGGUUAACCCUUUUUUCUAUAAACAUAGCAGUUUCAGAGAAACUGCUAUGUUUAUAUUCGGGUUAAUCCAGCCUCUAGUGGCUGUCUCAUUGACAGCCGCUAGUGGCGCUUCCGCGCUUCUCACUGUGAAGAAGACGCCAGCGUCCAUAGCAAAGUAUUGAGAAUGCUUUCCUAUGAGACUGGCUGAAUGCGCAGGCGGCUCUUGCCGCGCAUGCACAUUCAGUCGAGGAGGAGGAGAAUCCCCCGCCCGGCGCUGGAGAAGGACGGAAGUUUAACCCCUUCCACCCCCUAGAGCCUGGCGGGAGGGGGGCCCAGAGGGUGGGAGCACCCUCAUGGCACUGUAGUGCCAGGAAAACGAGUAUGUUUUCCUGGCACUAUAGUGGUCCUUUAACGUUGAGUAAUGUCACACAUCUGUAGUGGUGGACCACCGGUUUUUUUUUUUGGGGUUUGUAUUGUGUGGGGUGUUUUUGUUUAAGUUUUCACUGCAUGCUUUCACUAGAAGUUAUAGAGUUCACACUGCUGUUUAUUGUCCUCUUAGAGCAAUAUAUAACAUUUUGCAGAAGUUAUAAUAAUGCAGCCAUUUUGUGGCAUGCCAAUUAUGGAAUGGUUUAGAGAACUUACAGAGAUGAUUUGAUUAUCUGUGUGUUUCACAUCUGCAAACAUUACAUACAUAUGUAUGAUUUUAAAGUUCAUCAGAGGAUUCCUUUGUAUACUGUAUAAAGUGCCAGUGUAAAUUAUUAGUAACUUUGCUUUAUGGCUUUAGUGACCACAUUUUAUGGGUAACUUUCUUGAAGGACUAGCAAAUGGAAUACACAUGCUAACUAUUUACUAACAUGAUGUGUACACCGCAUUUAAGACGCACAGGUGAAGGAUAAGUAAUUAUCAUGCUAAGGACUGAAGGGCUACGCCAAUAAAUGCAAUCCAGGUGUAAUGGCAUGUCUGCGACUUUGACACAACCAACAAAGUCUAUUCAAAUCUUUGGCUGAUAUUUAUUUUUUCUUUACAUAGAUGGCUAGGCAUAGAUAGCCAGGUCUCUUGUCUGCUAGAGAAUAGUUUAUAUGUGGGUCACAAAAUAGUCAUGUGCUGUUGUUUUAACUAGAGUUUGCUGAAUUUUAAACCAACGAAUAUAAAAUGUCUCUCUGUUUCUGCUAUGCUGUUAUCUUUGUUACUCAUUGCAUGCCUUUAAACCUAUAUUGCAAGAAAUAAUUACUUUUAAAAGUGUAAUUUAUGUGCCAUUUUAUAUAGAUAGUAUGGUUGAUUGAAAAGACUAGGGGACGCCUGGGUAUUAAAAGUGUCAUUAGGAAAGCAAAGCAUAGUUACUUAGUUUGACUAAAGGCGUAUGGUCUAUCAAAUUCACCUUUCCAUUUACUUACUUUAUUGAUCUAAGAAAAGGCAAUCAAUAUGAACAAAAAAAAAAAUAAUCUUUCAUUUUAUCUCAAAUGGUUAAACAAAAAAUGUUCUAAACUCCUUUGGCUGAAUCAACAUUGCUCUAAGUUUAUUAAAUGCUGAUGUGAACAGUGUUGUGUAGUCAUUUUUUAGAAGCAUCCCAGUCACACCUGAGCAUCCACUACCUCAUAUUCCGAGACUCAAGCCAGGACCAAUCCUUUGAAAGUUUUUCUUUAUUUCUGCCUACAGGCUGAUAGUAACUCACAGGUUUAGCACUAAUGCAUUACCAACCUCUUUGGACCACGAACGGACUAUGACCACCCGACAUAAACCAAAACGCUCUUAAAAUAAAAUAAAAACUCCCCCUACUCCCAAGCACUGCUCACUUGUGACACCAAGUGCACACCAAGAUGCUUUAUGCUAGCCUACUCAUGCUUGUGAGCAGGGUAAAAAUAAAGAGUAAAAAAAAAAAAAAUUUCCAACACAUCUUUUGAACAUUUCACUGUGUCUGUUUUUCACACUUGUAUAUUUUUAAACUGGACCUGCUACGUAAAAUAUUCUGUGAGCUACAAAAACCAAACACAAUAUAGAACUUGAUCUCUUAAUAAUUCAUGCUAUUUCACGGCUUCAGUUUAGUGCAUGGAAUAACUUGUAUACUUCCCAUCAACAACUAUGUAGAGCUUUUCUGAUGUCAAGCGAAUAGGACAUUCCAUAACAGCUUAGCUCUCAUCAGUCCAUCUUGACAAAUGACUUUCCAGGUCUGUGAUGAUUUGCCUUGUCAUGGGAGAGUUUAAUCAGUCUCAAUCAUAAUGUGGAGCAUUUGAUCAGACUGAAAGCUGUGGAAUGCCAUUGUUUUAUAUUGUCCGAAAAGUGAGAAAGAGGAUUGUACCAAAACCACUUCAUUAAGAUUAAGCAAUUUGUUUUAAGUGUCCUUUUUAACUUCUGAAAUUGCUCAGUUACUGAAGAAUCAUUUUUUUACUUGUUAGGUACCACUUGGGGUAUAGAGGUGGCUUUUUAAUUUUAUUUGUGCGUUCUCUCUGUAAUGGCACAAGUGAGCAAAAACAAUUUUGAGACCUGAUCAGGUAUUUACCAAAGGGCAAGCUACAGAGUUUCUCUAAGCUUUUGUCCGUUCUAAUAUUCUCUGUUUUUAUUUGUUUUAUUUUGCAUUUGUGACAUUCCACAAUGUAUGUAUUGUUUGAUAAUCUAAAUGCCUAUUACAGAAGUUGCCUUCAGGAGUAUAGUGCGCACAGGUCAUAUUGAUGUACUGCUCCUUGUUUUGCUGUUACAUGGGCAGGGCUCUUUUUAUGACUUUAAUCACCUGAGUGAAAGUGUACACCUUCUUUUUAUAACCUGCACCUCGAACAUUUAAUCAGAGAGCCUCCAGUGCUGCUCGGGACACUCAAUGAUCAGUUCUCCACACACUAGGAACAUAGACACAUGUAAACAAUGGAGACUGAUGAAGAGGCGUUUAAUGACAAUGAAGAGGUCCUCCUUGCCUUUACAGUGACAGGUGAGCUUACAUCUGUUUGUUAGCCUCAAUCCAGUUGUGUGACUGUAAAUAAUUAAUAUGCAGUCAAACACCUUAACCCUGGUUUGGGUUUUGUUUUAUACCUUAGAAAUAAUUUUUCGAGGCAGAUUGUUUCAAAGUAGACCAGACACCCUGAAACCAAUGGAAUGUUCCUGCUGACUUCACUUUUAAAAAAACAUGUUAUGCAUUACCCAGUUUUGGAUUGUUUUUUUUCUUUUUUUACCAAAAUGCUCAUUCUUUUUGAUUUUUGUGUGUUUUAAUUUUUUUCAUUUCUUAGUGUGUCAAGCAUAGAAUAUAAAUUGACACCUGUGAUACAGUACAUUUUAACAAUCCAUAGUGAAUUACAGAUCCUGUCUCAUCUAACCUAAUGCCUCAGACAUGCUAUGUAAUUUAAAUUGAUGAUAACCCCCUUGCCCCCCUCCCUCCUUAAAUAAAUUAUACUUUAAGUCUUGUGCAAUAACAACUCUGCAGUUUUGUGCCUAAUUGUAGUAACGUUUAUAGAUUUGAAUUUGCACUGCCUGCAUUAUAUUUAGGGGAAUUAAACGGUCACAUUAGUUCUGGUCAUUUGCGAUUUGCCACACAAUACGUGUGUUCAUAAAAUAUAAAUUUUAGUAGAGGUGACAUAACUGCCUUAGAACCACCAAGAUGUUCUAAUUCCGGUCAGAAUAUCUUACUAGUUAGUGUCCCUGGACAAGACAUCUAAAUAUAUAGAUCUGCAUCUGCCUACUUCAAAUCCUCAUAGAUUGCUCUCUAUAAUUGUAAAGCACUGCAGAAUAUGUUGACAUUGUAUAAAUGCUAAUAAUAAUAAUGAAGGUCCCAAGCAUUUUUUGCAGGUUAUUUUUUUUAUUUUAUUUUUUUUAAUUUUUAUUGUGAAUGCGUGAUAGAACAGUUAUGACAUACAUGCAGGCUUUAAAUUGUGCUAUAGUGUUAAAAAUGCUCAAAUUUGUCCUGUCAGCAAGAAAACUUUUCGAAUAUUCUUACCAUUUGCAUUAGAAUACAGCAUCAUGCUUCAAACAUGAUUCAGUGUCUCUUUUAAAGGCCUGCUAAAGACACCCAGACCUCUUUUUCUCAUUGAAUUUCUAUUGCACUGAUAACACAAAUCUUCCAGACAGCUACUACUGGCACUCUCACAUUAAGAAGAGAAUCAACUCUCAUAGAACAGCAUUUGAUUGGUACAGUGUGGCAUUUUGCCACACAUGCACACAACCCUUUCAAUGUUUCCCUAUGGGGAACCAUUGGAUUGGCUGAGAUCAUUAAUCGUGAUGAUCUCGGCCAAGGAGGCAUGACUGUGACCUGCUCUCCAAGGAUUUUAAGUUAAGUAACAUUACCCUCACAGGCGUGGGGUAUAAUUUGCAAUUCCUUUAUCAAUUAACAUAUCACCAUUCAGAAAAUACUGUAGGAAUUUUGCUACAGUAUUCCGAAUGCUAUAGUGCAGGGCUUGACAAAUCCCAGGUCGCCAUGGUGACUAGAAAUUUUUCCCUGGCGUCUGGGAUUUGAAGCCCUUUAGCUAAAGGCAGGAUGGGGGAAUAAUGGAGCCGGCCGGUUGCCCUGAGGAGCGUGGAGGCGGGCGCUCUGGGUUGUGUGCAGACGGCUGCCCUGGGGAUCGUGGAGGUGGCAGGCUGGGCAAUGCGCGCAAGAGCAGCAUUUGUCCUGCAGCUCCUCAUUGCACCUUCGCGCUGUGUAAUGAUGUCGGGAGCCGGAAUAUGAUGUCAUUUCGGCCCCGGCAUUACUGCAGUUUGCAGAGAGGAGAUGCAGGAAGAUCACUGCUCCUUCGCACACAGGAAUAGCAGCCCCACUGAACGCCAGGAAAAGUCCACUCAGCUAUCCCAAAGGUUGGGUGGAUUAAAAUUAAAAAUGUCAAUUUGUGUGUGUGUGUGUGUCAGUAUGUUAAUUUGUGUGUGUGUGUUUAGGUACCUGCAUCCCUCCAAUCACGAGAGAGGUGUUUUUACUCGCCUUCUUUCCAACGCCUUGCCAGUUUUCCACGGCUUGUCCUGCCUUCAUGGUUGAGAUAAUCUUUAAGAUCUCAGCUAAAUCAAUGUUUUCCUAUAGGAAAGCAUUGGGAAGAUAUUGUGCAUGUUCUCUGUGGGUAACAUUCAGCACCUCCAAGCAGAGGGUGGAGACGCUGAACAAAGCUGCUGAACACUGUGCAGCACUGAAACAGGACUCUCUAGUGGCCGUCUGAGUGACUGUCACUAGAGGUUUUACUAGGCAGCAAUGUAAACAUUGCUUUUUAUCUGAAAAGGCAGUGUUUAUAUUGAAAGGGCUACAGGGACAGGAAAUAGGCACCAGAACAACUACAUUAAGCUGUAGUGGUUCUGGUGACUAUAGUGUCCCUAUAAGAAUUGUAGCUAUCUCGUAAAUUAAACUUCGCUAGUUUGAAAAAACUGGCUCCUAACUUUUUUAGCUGGCUCGUAGAUUCCAAAAAAUUUGUCAAGCCCAGCUAUAGCGUCCCCUUUGGGGCUGAUUAAAGGGUGAAAUUUUUUGUUAAUUAAUUUUUUUUUUUUUUUUACCUGCCUCUUUCCAGCGCCAAAGCUUCCUAAGCACUGGCUAGGUCUCUUCCCACUGUUAAAUAACGGCGAUGGUGGAACCUCAUGCACACCACUCACCGUGUGCGUCUUAAAGGACCACUAUAGUGCCAGGAAAACAUACUCGUUUUCCUGGCACUAUAGUGCCCUGAGGGUGCCCCCACCCUCAGGGACCCCCUCACGCCCGGCUCUGGAAGGGGGAAAGGGGUUUAAACUUACCUUUUUCCAGCGCUGGGCAGGGAGCUCUCUGCCUCCUCUCCUCCUCCGUUACGCCCCGCCGGCUGAAUGCGCACGCGCGGCAAGAGCUGCGCGCGCAUUCAGCCGGUCUCAUAGGAAAGCAUUUACAAUGCUUUCCUAUGGACGCUGGCGUGCUCUCACUGUGAAAAUCACAGUGAGAAGCACGCAAGCGCCUCUAGCGGCUGUCAAUGAGACAGCCGCUAGAGGGAAUAGGGGAAGGCUUAACCCAUUCAUAAACAUAGCAGUUUCUCUGAAACUGCUAUGUUUAUGAAAAAAUGGGUUAACCCUAGCUGGACCAGGCACCCAGACCACUUCAUUAAGCUGAAGUGGUCUGGGUGCCUAGAGUGGUCCUUUAAGGCUUCCUUGAAUCAAUGCUUUCCUAUGGGGAAUUUCAAUGUUAGAUGUCCUCAUGCAAAGUGUGAGGACGCCCAAUGUCGUUUAACAGAGUAAAACUCCAUUAAGGACACUAGAGGUGGAAUUAACACUGCAAUGCAAAUGUUGCUAUUUUUUUUUUUUUAGAAAGAGCAUCUGGGCGCUGCAUGAAGACCACUUCAUUGAGAUGAUAGUCUGGGUGCCUACAAUGUAGCUUUAAGGCCAAUAUAUGAAAAGUAUGUUUCAACUGUCUUUACAGUUUUGCUGUUCAAUAGCAAUACUAUGUAGUUCAUAUUUUUGCAGUUUCUGUACCGUUUUCUUGAUAUUUAGUACUCCUGGCCUAAAGGCUGCUGCUUUUAAACGGAUAUACUGUGGAUAUGCCAAACUUGAGGUUACAGUGUGAGACAUAAUAGAACUACAGUACUAGAUUGUAUCGGCAAUUAAAGACAAUUAAAAGUAGCAAACUCUGUGUUUGAUUUAUUAUUUACCAUGUAGCGCAGAUGUCUAUUAACCAAUGCAAUUAAAUAUUGAUUUAGACUUGCGCUUUAAUGUAUACCAAUUUGUUUUGACUUUUAUGGGCUCUUAAAAAUAAUACAAGGGAUUAGUGUAUCAUAUGGCAUUAAAUGUUACAAGGAUUUUUAUUUGUCAUAGGACAAAGAAAAAAGGGAAAUGUAAUUCUUUGUAGAAAAUCCAAAUGUAACUCCUUAACCCUUAAAAGACCAAUGGAGGAAUAAAUCCAUCAUAGCAAAUUCAUUAACACAUCCUACAUCAAAAUAUAAUUUUCCGAUAUAUUUUCUUUUUUCAUUUAAUUUUUUUAUUUUAUUUUAAAGCGCAGAAGUCUGUAUGGAGCCGCUGUUGCUAAAUUAGCAUAAUGUUACAUACUGGCAAAAGAUCUUUAGGAACUAGGGUGGUAAUUGGACUACUGUAAAUAUAAUUUGGUCCAUAAGGGGUUAAACUAGUAAUGUGACAUUAAGCUAAAUAUGCUAAAAGUAGUAGCAGUUUGGACGCGUCUAGUCCUGUUCCUGUUAUGAAAGGCAAAUUUCAAGCUAAUUUGUACUGAUUUUCAGUCUGUUGAUUUGUACCAUGAAUAUGUACGGUGAAUUCCUAUUCGGCUUUAUCAAUUAAAGGUGCAGGUCUUUAUUGAAGAAUGUACUCUCUGUACCUCCCUUUGCUUGCUCAUCCUUUUGGGCAAGUUAAUGUGGAUGGCUGUUUAACUUCGUAAUUGGAGAAAUGCUAUGUGAGCACACUUUUGCUCAAUGUUUACCUCUCUUUUUCUCUUGCUGUCCCCACUCUCUGCUUCCCUCUGUCUAAGCUUUUGUUGAUCUACCUUCCUGUUCGUUGGAUGAGUCUUACAAAUCCAGCCAGUGUCCUCAAGGUACAUUUACAUUUUCUUUCCAAAUUCACUUCUUUGCAAAUAUAUUUGCAGACUUAUAAGUAUUCCUCAAAUCUGUACACACUUUCAGACUCUAUAAAUUAAAGGGAUACUAAAUGCAUUAUAUUUACUACAGCUCAGUGGGGUUUCUUUUUUUUGUUUUAUUUUUUUGUCGUACUGGAAGAAGUUUAACAAAAAGCAGGGUACCUCAACACCCUUUUAACAGCCUCCCUGUUCAGUUCUUUUGAUUUCUAUUUAUACCUCUGUAUUAUCAGUAUCAAUUCUUUCCAAACUAUGUGGAGAUAAUAGGCUAAGAACUCUGGGCUCAUUGGUGUCCCAUUUGGACAGAUCUGAUAUUGAUAAUGCUGUAUUGUUAAGGCAGCUGAAGAGGCGGUCAAUGCAGUCCCAUUUAGCAUGCUAAACUAAUUUUUGGGGCUUUUUGGUGUCUGCUGCCCACGGAAACAUAUUUGCUGUAUGUUUAUGACUUGCUGAUGGUAUUGAAAUAAUUGGUAGAGUACUGUACUUUUAUCCAUGCUGACUAAUGGCACUUUGCCCACUAUUUGCAACCAUACAAAUUGUGUUUUUAUCAUUUUCUGCAACAGUUCUUGGUUCGGAAACAGGAGACCAGAUGACCAUGGGUUUCAACGACCGAGAUAUGCUAAACCAUCGGCUAGCAGAGGUGACACUUUUCUCAAUUUCUUUCACAGUUUUUCUAAAUACGUUUAGUACACAUUGGCCUCGAUUUGAAUAAAUUUUCCAAAUGAAUCAAUCCUGUUGGAAAAACUUCCAAAUUGUAAAUGAAAUAAUUGGAAAGUUUUUUUUUUUCCUCUCUAACAGUAUUGAAUCAUUUGGAAAGUUUAUUAAAGAGUUAAUCCACGCACCAUGAUCACUUCAUUUAUUUAAAGUGGUCAUGGUGCCUGCAGUCUUCGUGUACAUACAGUUGUUAACCCCCUAGCUACAGGAGGUGUAAAUUCACAUCAUUAGCAAGAGUUUAAGACUGGCAAAUGUCAUUUUUGUGCAAAACUGGCAUCUGAUGCCAGCACAUCAUUGCUUGGUAAAGAUAUGUAUUAUAUCUGCCUUUUUGGGUAGCUAAAUAAACCACCAUUACACCAUUUAUGGCCAGUGCUGAAGUCUUUUUGUCUUUAUUAGAAUGUCUUGUAGUGUAUGAUGGAUAAAAUAACACCAACCAAAAGCUUUAGGUCAGAUUUGCAAAAUAAUAAACUCUAAUGUUAUGGAGACUUCUUUUCAACACUUUUGCUAAGGUUUCAUAACAUAAUACUCAAUCUUUCGCAUUUCAGUUAUUUAAGAAUAGUCUUCUUUUCAAACUCUUCACUAAUAGUCUGUGUACAUGUGGAUAAUAUUAUAUUGUAUAUAUGUAAUCCGGUAAUGGUAAAUAACCUGCAUUGUGUACUUAUAUUAUACUCAGAUGCCCAUCCAAAUGUUUUUACAACAUGUGCUACAACUUGAUAUAAGAUUUUGAUGUGAUUCAACCUGUUCUGAAAUGCUAGCUAUGAUUGUUAAAUGAUCUGAGUAGCAUUGUAAUUCCUCCUGUGUUUUUGUGAACAGAGAGACAAGGACCUAGAACUAGCAGCUCACAUUGGGCAGGCUCUAUUGAAAAGGAACCACAUGUUGGUGAAGCAGAAUGAGUAUUUGGAGGAACAACUGACAAAUGCACUGGACCAUGUGAGUUCUGUUUAUGAAAUGUGUGGAUAUAUUGUUUGCACAUGGGUUUGUCCAGAAAUCCCGGGACAACUGCCAUCUAAGUAUUAAAACAUAAACCCGGACUUUACUAGAACUGGCUUUCCAGAUACAUUCUUAGGGAUUGCUCAGCACCUAGUAUAUUGUCAGAGUAAUAACAAGGUAAUAAUUAUUGCAUUAUUCUGAUAAGCACAAAAUAUUUAAUGUCUAAAGGCUAAUAGUGUAUCAGGUAAACAGUUCAUACCAUAGAAGAAUUUAAGAUAAUAGUGUGUGUUGUGGCAUAUAUAUGUACAGCAUCGGAAGGGGCCCAUAAUAAAGGCAUUGUAGUGGGCAGCAGGAUCCUCAAGUAUUGGUCAAAAAAGAUUGUUAAAAAUCUGAUGAUUAGAAAUAUAACUUUUGUAUCUUAUUAUUGUAGUAGAGUAAAAAUACCCACUACCCACAUAACAAAUAUUCCCACUUCUGUUAUGCAGAGAAUUCUUGGGUACGUCUGUUUAUGAACAUUAUGACCACCCUGAUGUGUUGUAAAGGCAGUAACUAGUAGGCAUGUGCAUUUCUCGCAUUCUCCCUUAAACAAAUCGGUUUGUUGGAGGACCAUUUGAUGUGCCCAUCGUAGAAUCCUGUUUAAUUAAUUUUUUUAACUGAUUGCUAAGUUUACAAACUAAUUGAAAGGCUUUCCAUGCUGGACAAAUCUAUUCUUUGAAAGAAGAGUGCAGCAAAUUCACUUGUCUAGUAUCUCAUGCAUAAAAUACAAGUUGUGAUCCUUGUAACUGCCAUUUCCACUCUAUGCUAGGGCAGAUAACUUAGAUGUAGCUCUGUGGCUGUCUCAGAGCUGCAUCACCUCCACUCUACCAUAUCAGUGGCCCAUUAACGUUCUACCUAGACAUUUUUGUUUUCCAAAUCAUCUCCUUACUCAUUCCACCCAAUGUUUCUGGCCGCUUCUUUAGCAUGGACCCGAUAAAUCUGCUCCAUACAUUGGCAGUGUUUAUUAAGUAGUCCCUGUCACUCUUCCAGCCAUUGAUCUAGUGAGUAUUAUCUAAAUGUGCAGUGGUACUAGUUCAGCUAUAGUGCUAUAACAGGCUAUUUUAAUUCAGACCAAUGCAGUCACAGCUUGGGAGGUUGGAGGUAUCAGUGUAAUAAAGGAACUAAAUUACAUCUGAAAAGGUCCUCGGUCAGUGUAUUGAUGAUGGGAUCUGAUAGGUUUUCAGAGCGCUGACAAUUUCAACCGUAUGAUGCCUUGCACGCACAAUCUUACAUCCCAUACAAAACCUGCAUUUGUGGAGUAUAGCAUGAGUAAUGCCAUGUCUUUUACUCAAGUUAUACAAUAUCAUAUAUUUAUAACGUGCUCAUUUAACAUUUUGGGCAAUUUUGCCCAAAUGAUAAAAAUAACUGCAAAGUAUGGGGGUGAGCUUCAUUUAGUCACAGCCUCAAAUAGUGUAAUCAAAUGGAUUUACACUAUUGAACUUCUCAAAGACAAAGUUAUAGAGUUUCAAAACAUUCUUUGGUGUUCUAAAUCUAAAAUUAGUUUUUUGUUUUGUGGGGUAUUUUUUUUGUUUUUAUGCGAAUUAAGAAAUUUAGAGCAGUGACCCAGGAAAUUGCACAUUCUAGGCCAUAUUGAUUAAACUGAAAAAGAAAAAUUGCCUCAAUUUUUUCAGUUUGAUAUAUAGUAUAUAUUUGGCGAUAUAAAGCAUGCAAUGCUCUACAGUCUUAAAGGACCACUAUAGUGCCCUGAGGGUGCCCCCACCCUCAGGGUCCCCCUCCCGCCCGGCUCUGGAAAGGGGAAAGGGGAAAACUUACCUUUUUCCAGAGCUGGGAGGAGAGCUCUCCUCCUCCGAUCCAUCUUCUCUCCUCCCCGUCGGCUGAAUGCGCACGCGCGGCAAGAGCUGCGCGCACAUUCGCCGGUCACAUAGGAAAGCAUUCAUAAUGCUUUCCUAUGGACGCUGGCGUGCUCUCACUGUGAUUUUCACAGUGAGAAGCACGCAAGCGCCUCUAGCGGCUGUCAAUGAGACAGCCGCUAGAGGAAAUAGGGGAAGGCUUAACCCAUUCAUAAACAUAGCAGUUUCUCUGAAACUGCUAUGUUUAUGAAAAACUGGGUUAACCCUAGCUGGACCUAGCACCCAGACCACUUCAUUAAGCUGAAGUAGUCUGGGUGCCUAGAGUGGUCCUUUAAGUUUAGUCUCCGUUCAAGUUUCAGUCACCUAUUUGAUAUAGGUUUUUUAAUGUUAUAUUAAUAAUUUAUUAGUGUUUACAGAACUCUUCUCCUGGUGUUUUGGUGAAUAGUAAUGUAUCCAUCCGACUAUUGUGUGUAUGUAUAUUAUUAUAAUAAUAGUAGAUUAUUUAAUUGUAAAUUAUUCUUAUUAUUACUGCGUACCUUACAUUCUGCAACACUGCUGCACAUCUUAUUUAGUUCCAUUCCAAACUUAUCAGAAGUUCUUAUCAAUUGCAUUUUAUUGCCUUAUAUUAAGUCAUAUCAUAUUCCUUAUCAUCCAUGCCUACAACCGUCAUUUACUCUUUUAGUCAGUGUCUGCCUAUUUCGAUAUCAUUUUGUGUUUUGUAAUUAUAGCCUUGUAUAACUGUUUUAUAUUGGAAUAUUUUUAUUGUGUCGUUUUACAAGGCUCCACUUCUAUCUCACCCUGCAGUUGAACUAUACCUUAUCAGUACAAUUACCAUCUUUCCUUUUACGCUUUUACAGGUCAAUCAGCUCCAGCACGAAUUAUCUAAAAAAGAAGACCUACUCCGUGUGGUCUCCAUUGCUUCAGAGGAGAGUGAAACGGACUCCAGUUGCUCUACCCCAUUGCGUUCCAAUGACUCAUUCACCCUGACACAUGGCCUGCUCCAGCUAGACAACCUGCAUGGGAAACUCAAGGAACUGGAGGAAGAGAAUCUUGCCCUACGCUCACAGGUCAGGAUCUACACUAACAAUACUUUUUAUGCCUUUUGAUGAAAUCUAUUGGUGUUUGUAGACCACAGAGAAACUGCUAUGUUUACUUUAGGGAUAAUCCAGCCUCUAGUGGCUCUCUCAUUGACAGCCGCUAGAGGCGUGUCCUCGCUUCUCACUGUGAUUUUCACAGUGAGAAGACGCCAGCGUCCAUAGGAAAUGCUUUCCUAUGGACUGGCUGAAUGCGCGCGCGGCUCGUGCCAAGCAUGCGCAUUCAGCCGAUGAAUGGGAAAGGAGGAGGAGAUUCACCAGCGGCGAGGGGGCCCAGCGCUGGAAAAAGGUAAGGGAUUAACACCUUCCUCACCCUAGAGCCCAGCGAGUAUGUUUUCCUGGCACUAUCAUAGGCGUGCGCAGCCUAUUGCAUUAGGGUGUGCACCCUAAAGCACAAACACACGCCGCGCGUGUGUGUGUGUGUGUGUGUGUGUGUAUAUAUGUAUAUGUGUGUAUAUGUGUGUAUAUAUAUAUAUAUAUAUAUAUAUAUAUAUAUAUACGUAUAUAUAUAUUCACAGACACACACACUCACACUCACAGAAACACACACAUACUCACACACUCACAGACACACACACUCACUGACACACACACACUGACACACACACACUCACAGACACAUACUCACACACUCACAGACACACACUGACACACACUCACAGACUCACAGACACAUACUCACACACUCACAUUGACACACACACUGACACACACUCACAGACACUCACAGACACACACACACUCACACACACUGACACACUCACACACUCACACACACAGACACACACUGACACACACUCACAGACACAUACUCACACACUCACAGACACACACACUGACACACACUCACAGACACACACUGACACAUACUCACACACUCACAGACACACACACACACACAAAUUAUUAUAUUUUAAAUUUUUUUUUAAAUGUCCACCCAGCCUCCUACCUGGAGUGCUGGUGGACUUGUCCCUGGGGUCCAGUGGGGGCGGGCGCCUCUCUGCAGGUCAGCGCGCGGCGAGGGAGCUCUCUGCUCUCUGCUCCUCUCGCCGCGCGGGCUGUCUGCUGGAGCUGGGAGCCGGAAUAUGACGUCAUAUUCCGGCUCCCGGCAUCAGCGCGCGGCGAGAGGAAGCAGAGAGCAGAGAGCAGAGAGCUCCCUCGCCGCGGCUGAGCUGCAGGGUGGGGGGGGGGGAAUCAUCACCUCUUGCCCUCCCAUGACAGGGGCAAGAGGUGAAACAGGGGGCACUGAGUGCCUGCAGGAACAGCGUUCCUGCUCAAAAGAGUGCAGGAACGCUGUUCCUGCAGGACUCAAACCAUAGGGGUGCGCACGGGGAUUAGGGUGUGCCCAGGCACACCCGGCACACCCCGUGCGCACGCCUAUGGGCACUAUAGUGGUCCUUUAAAAACAAAAAAAACUAAAACCUUUUAAAAUAAUGUAUAUACUAAAGUCUCUAUUAAAAUGUGAACUUUUGUAGAUAAAGCAUUUGAUAAUAAAACUUUUUACAUUUUAUUUUAUGGAAACUGUGAGAAACUCCGCUAUGGGAGGUGUAACUAGGACUCCAAAAUAAAGUGUAUAUCACUUUAUAUAACCCCUUAACCCCUUUAGGACACAUGACAUGUGUGACAUGUCAUGAUUCCCUUUUAUUUCAGAAGUUUGGUCCUUAAGGGGUUAAACUGCAGGUUCAUGAUCUAUACGCCAAACUGUUUCACUAAGCUUAAGCUAAAGUUGACUGGGUGCUUCAAAUAUCAAAGCAAAUCAAAACACUGACUUGUUUUUCUCAUAUUUUUCUGGUGUAGUUAUAAAAGAAUAAAACAAAAUAAAAAAGUGAUCCUAAUCGAGUUGUAAUUGUUGGUGCUGCAAAGAGGCUGAUUUACGAUGUAUAAUCAUUAUUGAAUUAGAUUAUGAUAGAUUGACUUUACCUAAUUGCUUUGGGAUGGGCGAGUGAGAUUUGCACGAAAUUCUAUAACUGGAUUUUGAUGUAUUUAUUGCCUGUUAAAGUUCAAGCCAGAUUAAUAAGAUAAACAUUAAAUAUUUGCACAAAUAUUUCAAUCCAUAGAUCCUACAUUAACUGGCAGUGACUGUAGAAUGUCACGAAGACAAAUGUAUUUUCCUUGUAACUGACCACAGGUUAUUCUGCCUGUGUUAUAUGAGCCAUUUUAUUAUCCACUUUUCCUUUUGAUAAAAUUCUUAUACCAUCUACUGUAAAUUGAAUGACCAUGCAUGUAUCUGUGAAAAUAAUUAUUAUGGUCCACCUCACCUCGUAGAGGAAUCUCGUUCAAUGAUGAUUGUAUGCCACGUCAAAAAAAACAAGCAAAACGGAAUAACUGAUGCUAUCUUACAGGAGCUUCCAGCUAUAACUAUAGUCUUUCGGGGUUGGUUACAAACAGCGGAGUGUUGGGAAUUGAAAAUCGGUUUAACCCCUUAAGGACACAUGACGUGUGACAUGUCCUAAUUCCUUUUUAUUCCAGAAGUUUGGUCCUUAAGGGGUUAAAAUUAUAGGCGCUACGGAAUCUGAUGGCGCCAUAUAAAUAAUAAUAAAAGACCACAAUUGCCCAAUUAUUUCAACUUAUUGUAAAUUCCUGACACUUCACUCUAGUAAUGGAUAGCACAGUUUGUGUUUGUUUACAUUGCAUUAGCUGGGUCAGCAGAGAACAUCUAAAUGUAUUAUUUUGUUCUUUAAUUAAGCAUACACAUUACUGGUAUGAAUAUCCCUCUGUAAAAUCUCAUGAGAUCUUUGACAUUCUGUUACCCAAACAAUUUUUUUGUAUUUUUUUAAAUGACUGUUUUGGCUUCCUUAUUCGCACAACAGUAACGUUAUGUUCCGUGCAGUAAAAUCAAAGCUGUAUAUUGAAAACUGAACUCACAAUCUAUGCAUUUGCCACUUUGCUUGCUACUCAAGCAGUUUUUUUUAUAUUUUUUUUAUUUAUUUUAUUUUUUAUAAAUGGUUUCAUUAUUUUGUGCACUUGGUUGAAAUACACUCUGUGAUUAUAUUAAUCUUGCUUUUUCUCGAGCAAGUUAACAUUAUUGAUGGCCUUUUCUAUUUCUUCCAAGGCGACACACCUGAAAACAGAAACUAUAACAUAUGAGGAAAAAGAGCAUCAGUUGGUGAUAGACUGCGUUAAACAAAUAAGUGAGUAGGACUAAUGGAUACUCAGACACAUUAGUGAUGCCUUCCGGCACCUAUUAGGUUAUGUAAUUGAUUUUUACAGUGGGUGACUUAAUAGCUCUUGCUAAAGUCAUGGGUUCUCUGAAACACACAAUUACAUUGAUCUUUGGAAUAUUUUAUUUGUAAAAAAAAACAAAAAACUUUUGCUAGGAUUAAAAUCUUUAUCUCCUUCCUUCCAUUCAUUUAAUAAUGAUAGCUUGUCCAACAUACAGACACAUACUCGCUAAUUCUUCUUUGAAAUUAAAGGAGCGCUAUAGUGUUCAAAGUACAAACCUGUAUAUCUAUUGCUAUAGUGUCCUUGGCACUAUUUGCAUUAGUGUCUUCCCCUGUGUAAGAAAAGUGAGUAAAAUAAAGGUUUGUCUUACCUCUUCUCUAGCAUCAAGACUUUCUUGGGGCCGCUCCACCUCCCGUGGAGGCAUCGCAACCUAUUAAUUCGUCAAAUUAAGGAGCAUUGGAAACGUGAUGUGCAAGAGCAGUGAUUUUCUGCGUACAUCCAGUCAAAUGCUUCUCAUAGGAAAGCAUUGAAUUCAAUAUUUUGCUAUGCGCUUUAUUUGGUCACCUGACCAAGUUUCACUCAGCAGUUGUAGAGGAAACUCCUCUAUUGGCCAUCUGGAAGACAGCCACCAGAGAUGUGUUAAACAUUGCAAUUUCUACAUUAGCGGUUUUACAUUACAGGGUUAAAAAUAUAGGGUCACUGGGUGACUUUAGUAUUCCUUUAAGGACUACUGUUCAUAUGCAAAUAUUAUGUGUGAUCGUGAAUUUUUACUUACAUUUAUUUUUUUCCAACCUGAAUGGUUUUCUUUUUAGUAGCCUGAGAGAGGGUAUCCAUAGCGUUGGUUGGGUUCCACAGUAACAUGGAAUAGGUGCCCAGUUCCUGAUAUUUAUCUUGUCCUUUUGUGUGUGUGCUGUGGAUCUAUAUUUAUAUAUAUUGCCCUUGCAUUUUAAACUUGAUUGUUGCAAAAAUAUUUUUGUUUGCAAAAUAUGCCUAUAACCCAACUAAGCAACUUGCAUAGCUGCAGCAGAAUUUUAACUGUCAAACUUGUUCACUUUUAGGCGAAACCAACCAUCAGAUUGAACAGCUGACUGAUGAGUUGUCCAGUAAGUCUGAAGCAAUAGUACAAUACCAGGAGCAGAUCUCUACUCUUCUAGCUGAGAUUGUUGACCUUCAGCACAAAUUAAGAGAGGUAUAUGUCCACGAGUCAUUAACAAAUGGGUAAAUCCCGAAAUAACAAUACCACUUUAACGUUAGGGAUGUGCUCACUUUAGCUUGUUCUGUUUUCUGAUCGCCACAUCUGUACAGAGGCCGUAAUCUUGAAUAAAGGAGUAUUAUAGGUUUUUUUCAAGUACAGUAAAAUAUAACUUGUGAAUUGUAUUGUACUUUGCAGAUACACAUUAAAUAGGUAGCAUGUUUUUAUCUGUGUGCCCGUUUUGCAAAUUUGAGAAGAAAUGUAAUUAACGACCUGUUGCCUAAGUAUUUCAAGCUGAUAAACCUUUAGCAGAGGGGUAGGAAGAUAAUAGAAAAAGAAAAACUAAAGUGUAAAAUGGCAUAUUUUAUAGUCUGUUAAUUUUGAAUGCACCGGGCAGGAAUAUAUGUAUAGACAAGGUGAAAAUCUAUGCCAUUUUAAAAAUUCCCUGUUUCUUUUUAAAUGAAUAAUGCCAUAUUGGUCAUUAUUAUUAAGGUCCCCCCCUCUAAAAGAACCUGAAAUAAGAAUAAAAUAUAGGUAUUACUUACCUGAAAUCUAACACCGGUUGAAGCCCAGCUACCUAAAUAAAUAACCAAGCUUAUAGGGAGACUGGGGAGGGGGCUGCAGUCAAGAAGCGAGGGGACAUCCACGCUUCACCUUCAAGGGAGAAGCUUAAUACAUCUUUUGCCAGCAUGCAGUGGGCGCUGAUGCUCUCAACCAAUGAAUGAGCAUCAGAAUCCACAUGUCAUAGACCUGCUGCACAGGAGAACCAGUGCCCUGCAGCGACCCAGGUAAUAGGGCAAACUGUUUUUAAAGUGUUUUUGCCUCAUUUCCGGGAAUUGGUGCCAGUGGGCUGUGGUGGAUAUGAUGUCUGGAGUAACCCUUUAAAUAAGACCUUUAACAUAUUUGCAAAGAUUUGUGAAAUAUUGUUUGAUCUUCACAAUAUAAUACUAACCUAAAAUAGUACAAUGAUGAUCACCUAUAUUUAUCUACAUUGACAUUGAGCUCAUACACAUUUUGUUCAAAACAAACCCAGACCAUUUACACUGCCUUUUGUCAAUAAAAAGGAGAGGAAAGGGCAGGUCGUGUGAGCUGGAUGGAGGCCGAGGAUCCCCCCCCCCCAAAAAAUAACCAUACUUCUGGGGAUCAAUCAUCUAACUUGUAAAAUUUAGACUAUGUAGUAGCUGAUAUCUUCUUGCUGGGCUCUGGUUAGAGUCUAAAGCCCUAAAUGUGUUAAUUGUUUAGGUGUCUCAAAGGAAAACUGCUUUUGCAAAGACAUAUAUGUAAAUGAAAAUCAAAAAAUAACUUAACGUGUGAAAAGGUAAUUUGUUUAUCCCAUCCAUUUAAUUAACCAUAUUCUAGUACAGAAAUCAAUCAUUUUUAUCAAUGUAGUUACUGUGGACUUCAUUUUCCACUUGAUGACAAUUAGCCAACCAUUUGUCUGACUUGGCAUCAUGGGAAAUAUAUUUCACAACAGCUGCAUAGCCAAUUCUAGCCAUCAUGAAAAUUCUGUUCUAUGUUCUAAUGCCAUGGUAUCAUCUACUCACAGAGCGCUAUAGAGAAGGAGGAGCUAAGGAUACACCUGCAGGCAUCUAAGGAAGCUCAGAGGCAACUGACUGCUGAGGUGAGGCAUCUUGCCAGCAAAACAAUGCAGAUCAAAUGUGACUAAUAGUGAUUUUAUUAUUUGUUUGCUGAGAGUAACAUAUGAUGUAAACAAAACAACCACUUCAUACCAAGAUAACUACUGGAGCUCAUAGUACUGGUUAUUUUGCCUGAGGUGUCUUGGUGGUCUCGUCGCGUUUUAUGCCAAGAUGCUUGAUAGUGACUUGACAAAACGGGGCUCUCCACAGCUCAUGGAGACUGCUCCCUCCCCGUCUGCAUUCAUAGUACUGAAUAUAGUUUAUUAUAGGCGUUUAUAUAGCGCCAUCUUAUUCUGAAGCGCUUUACAAUGUUACAUUACCACACAAUCAAUCAUUUAAUUAUUUGACUGAGAGUCCUGGACAAGUGUUAGCUCAUCACUGAUAUCUUGGUUGUGCAAAUUUUGAUAUUGGUAAUCCAGACGCCACUCCCUCCUCAGUGGUGAUAUUAACACUUCCAUCUUAUCAAUGUCAAACUUGUCCAACCUGGAUAUCCGUGCUGAGUGCUGGAUGUGGAAACUGACACUGAUUGUCCAGUACUAUGUAUAUCAUUAAUCUCAAUGCUGACUGGAGGGGGGGUGCGGGGGACCUCACUAUGAGCUUUUUAAAAAGGUUUUGAAACCCUUUAAACAGCCUGGCAACAUAACAUUUUCUAAUUACUAUAUCAGAAUAAUAGUCUUCUUUUGUAACUUUAUAGUCGAGGUAGGCAAAGCGUAAUGAAAAUCUAAUGCUCUGUAAGCACCAUAACUACUACAACUGAUUGUAGUGCUAAUGAUACAAGGGAUAUUGUGUGCUGUUCCCCUAUUUUUUGUCAAACCACCUUUCAAUAGUUUAACAACAGCCAAGGCCAAGGUAGAUUAAACAAGUUCAUGAUGGAUAUUAUACAUUUAAAAUAAGUUCCAUUAAUUCUUCUCAAAAUGUAAGACUGAGCUUUGUUUACAGUGCCACUUCUUGGAUCUGUCUAUAAAAUUAUCCACACAAAGACGCAAUAAAAAAGUUUCAAACUUUUCUUUUUUUCUUCUCUGUUUGCUCCAGCUGCAUGAGUUGCAAGACCGCAAUGCAGAAUGCCAAGGGAUGCUUCAAGAAUCUCGGGAAGAAUUGAAAAUGCUGAAAUGCAAAGCCAGCCCCUCUGCACUUCUCAGGCGUCCUCAGUCCUGCAGUGUGUUUCCAGUGGUAUGGACAUCCUAUGAUAUAUUUAAGCAAUAAUAAAACAUGCUUUUACCAGUAGAAAUAAAAUAUAUAUACUGUCUUCAUAUUAGGAUUCCCUGGCAGCUGAAAUUGAGGGCACCAUGAGGAGACAGCUUAGUUUGGAUGAAGAGUCGAACUUUGGGGAAAGAAGGUAAAAAUUAUUUUAAAAGCUCUAGUGGAAUUUUUGUGGAAUAAUAGCAAUAAGAUGUAAUUGGUGAGCGGUCUCUUCUUCCUUUUUUGGGCGGGGGGGGGGAAUGGUUAAACAAAAGUUUUACCAAUCUGUAUUUAGCAAGCCUUAGAGAUACUUAACUAAUCAUACAUAGAGUGCAUCUUUCACAAUGCUCAGAACACGUGCAAAACUCUAUGAAAGUUCAGAACGUCAGCUGUUUUUUUACCAUUUUGAUAAUCUGUGAAGUACAUUUAGUAACACACCAUUUUAAUGUUAACAAAACAUGAUUGGUAAUGUCUUGACAUUAUGAAGGCAGUAGGUUAGGGGUUGGAAGAGAAGCAUGAACAGAUGUCUGUAGAUAAGUGGUUCCCAACCCAAUCCUCAAAGCACACAAACAGUCCAGUAUUUAUACAUUUCCCAAUGCAGUUUCAAUGUGGAUAUUGGCAAAACCUAUUUAGUUGGGUUCUUUUGAGUGCUGUGUUGGGAACCACCUUUGUGCAGUGGCACCUCAAAUUGUGCCAUGAACACACGGACAUCAGGGCUGUACUAGGUUGACUACAGUCUGCCAGGAUUUAAAUUGGGACCCCUACCUGGCAGAUAAUUAAAAAUGUUAAGUCAGUUUGGCAAUACGUAUGCAUAUUUCUCUAGAAAGAAGAGUUUGGAAUCCACAACUGUACACAGUUUUCUAACUGAUAAUCUUUUCUUGUGAUUUGUGCUUUCAGGGCCCAGCCAAAACGUGUAUUUGAUACAGUAAAGGUUGCAAAUGAGCUUCGCACCAGAUCUUCCACACUUCCUCUUCCUUUGCCAAUUCCAGGCUCAAACCAAUCCGGUGUAGUGAUGACCCCUUUGCCUUUCCAAUCUGUUACGAAAGUAGAGCAGAAGGAAGAUGUGACAAAGAACCAGCAAUCUAAGUAUGUCUGACAAAGUCUAGAAAAUGUUUACACAUGAACAUAGAUUUAUUGAAAUAAUCUUUAGAAUGUGAUUAAAGUUAGUUAUGAUUUGCUCCUGGGUUCCAAAAGUGAAACAUCUGUUGAGGUGCAAGAUGCAGAUUCUUUUUAUUAGCUUAAGUGCCACACGUAAACAUACCUUUGAUGCUUUGAUCAUUAUGCAUCAUCAUCCUUUUUUCGCUGUUGGAAUUCCCAGAACCUUCCCUAUUCUAAAUGCUGGAUCUUGUGCCACAACAAAUGUUCCACUUUUUUGCAAAAUUAAAGAUAAAAGGAACUUGUCAGUAUGUUGCUCUUAAAAAUCUAUUACUUAUUCAAACAUACAUCGACCUACUCGGAGAUUUGAAUAUAUUGGCUGCUAAUGACUACCAGAGCCGAGUUUACAAAACCAAUCCAACACCAGUCUAACUGAGAUGGAACUACGGGAAAACCUAAGACGAUAAACUACAACCCCCCCCCCCUUUUUUUUUCUUACUUCCCUAUUCAUCUAAAGCCCCACCAAUUAGAUAAUUAUUGUUCAGAUUGGGACGAUGCAGAUGCACCGCACCCCCGCUUUACACACCUCUCAAUGUCACCAUUGAACAUACAGAUCUGUGGAUAUGUAGGGUCACGCAGAAAGACCUGGGAAUAACGAGUUGUAAGAUACAUAGGGGACCCGAGAACCCAUAUCGCUUAUUAUCUGUGUUUUUAUUAAAAUUGAUACAUGACCUGAGACCUGCACAUCAUCCUACCUGUUUUUCAUUUAACUUGAGACUUGCGCAAUAAAGUUUACAUUUCUAAUGUUUAUCUUGAUUCUACCAUCGGAAGAGACUUUCUUUACUGCUAUUGGAGACAUGCAAGACCCACUGUUUGUCUUUUACAUUUAGCAACUGAAACAAAAAGAAAAAGAAACCUAAAAAACAAAACAAAAAAAACAUACCUCAAGAUGGGCGUUUCAUGCAAUUCUAAUUUCACAUGUAUUACUGUUUUUUUGUCUUGUGUAGAAAUAGUAGAAGGUCUGGAACUCAGGAAGACCAUGCUUUGGAAACUGCCAUUCACAGACUGCACCUGCGGCGGCAGAAUUACCUGAGUGAGAAGCAGUUUUUUCAGGAUGAGCGUGAGAGGAAACUGAAGCUUCUAGAGGAUGAGUGGGACAGCAGUGGCUGCAGUACUCCAACUGGAAGUGUCCUCUCCAUGGCAACUCACUACUCGGACAUCACAGACUGCUCUGCUACCUCAAGUACCUUGCGCAGCUUGCUGCCAGAGAAGUUACAGAUUGUCAAACCUAUUGAAGGUGAGGAUCUAACCUAUACCUGUCUGCCUCUAGUUCUUUCCUUCUUUCAUUGUCUCCGCUUUUCUUUCUACUGGCUGGAAAAAAAAUACACACUUUUUCCCUCUGCCUUUUACUCUGUCUAUCUAUUUGCCUUUGUUAGUUGUAUCAAAUAGUCAGGAUUUAUAACAAACCAUAUAUUGUGUCCAUAUGAAAGUCCCAUGUAGUAUGUGUUAUUUCUUGCCUAUUGAUCUAUCAGUUGGUCAUUGUUGGAUGGCAGCUUGACUUUUCGACAAGUCUCUGCAAUCACCAAAUACCUCCUAACAAAAUAACACCAAAAAUAAAAACUUUGUAUUUCUGUAUAUUGUGUUCAGGCUCUCAGACUCUCCAUCAGUGGCAACAGUUGGCUCAGCCUAAUUUGGGUACCAUCUUGGAUCCACGUCCUGGUGUUCUGACCAAAGGCUUCAAGCCUCUACCAGAGGAUGCUGAAUAUCACCUUUGUGACCUGGAGGAGGAUGAAAAAGAGGAGGAUGAUGAAGAAGGGAUAACGUUUCAAGUACAGAAAAGGGAAGAAGAUGUGCCAAAUCCAUCAAUAAAUAUAUUUCUGCCACCCAUCUGUGUGUCUUCAGCCCCGAGUUCUGGUAUGACUUGAAUUGCAUAUGAGCAUUGCUUCUAUCCCAUCAGCUAAAGUUAUUUCUUUGUAAAUUGUAUGGAGUUAGCAUCUGCACAUGCACAAAAGUGUGAGUUAAAGUUAGUACAGGAGUAAAUCUAAUUUAUAGACCAUUUAAAGAAAUGCUCUACAACGUGUAUAUAUUGUAUGCAUUUAGUGCAGGUGUCACAGCGUUACAAUGAUCUUUACGAUCUUCGUUUUACGGAGUAUAAUGGCAAGAUAAAGUAUUUGAGACAAAAUUUGCCUACACUUAUUUAUGCAUAUAUUGGUUUUUAAUAUGAUAGACAUUUAUAUAAUAUGUAUAUAAGUAACAUUAAGUUUAUAUUGUGUAUAUUCUAGCCUCAAACCCUGGCAAGUGUCACUGUGGCACAUUCUCCACAUUCACUUUUACCACCUGCCGUAUCCUCCAUCCGUCAGACAUCACUCAGGUUACACCCAGGUGAGGCAACAAUUUUGAAACCUUAAUAUGAAAUAUUAGUGUCUCAUUAAAGUUGUUCCUGCAUUUAGACUUUGGGGCUAUUAAUACUAAAUAGCCUUCAUUACAUCCUCUCUUAUACAUGUAUAGGGUAUUGACUUUUUUUUUUCCUCCCCUUCUAGCUCCAUGUACACUCCUUCAUCUUUUGGCAUCAGCAAUACUUGUUCCACCAGCACAAUGGUUAGUUCCCCUGCUAUGUCCUGCCGACUGAGUGUAGGAGAAUCUCCCAGCAAAGGACAAGAGCCUGCAAACAACUUGAGCAGCAAAAGGAACUUGGCCAAACUCCUGCAGGAACAAGGGAUAUCUGCCAAGGGGAACAGUGACCUUGCCAUAGGGAAACCACAACUUGACAAACUAACUCUACCCUCAACCCCACCCAAUUCACCCUCCCAUUCUCCAUGUCCAUCCCCUUUGAAAUUUGAGUUGCGUGCAAAUCCAUCAGAAAGUUUCUUAGCUGUUUCCAGACCAGCUGAGAGCUUCUUGCAGGAAGUAUAUGGUUUAAAACCUACUAGGAACCAGCCUGAUCUGGGACAGUUAAAAAUGAACUUGGUAGAAAGACUGAAAAGAUUGGGUAUUGCAAGAGUGGUGAACCAAAUGAGCAACAGCGCCCAAGAAGAGAGUUCAACAUUACGUAACGGGAUGAAGCGACAAGAGUCUGCUGUGUUUGUUACCCCAAGCAGUAGUUUGUUGGGGGGGCUAAGGAGGAACCAGAGUCUUCCCGCUUUAAUUGGAGGCAUGGUUCCUCAGGUAUCUACGUCUUCUCCAAAAAUGGGUAGCUUGAAGGAAGAUUGCUGAUAAGAUUGGCAUUUGCUUUUAAUAGUCCACUGUGUCGGAGUUUGUUAAAGAAAAGUUGUUGAAGGUUUGAGCAUGUAGAAAAGAAGAAUAAGAACUGAUGGUACAGAAAUAUUUUUUUUUUAUAAAGGAACAAGAAUUUGGGAAAUUAUUGAAUGAAGCACAAGUAGGAGAUAAGUUAAAGAAAGGUUUAUUAAAUGUGAGGAUUUAGAAAUCUUGGUAUAGAACUGUAGUAAGCAAAGUUAAAGAGUUUGAAAUGAAAAUAUAGGAGUGCACAAUGUGUUAUAACCUAUUUUAAAAAGUUGCCACUGAAAUAUCCAGUAAAAAAAAAAAACAACAAAAACUGUGGAAUGUCCUAAGAGGACUGUGGAAUGUCCUAAGAGGACAGUGGAAGAUAAAUGUAAGUGGAACUUCAAAUACUUUGUAGAGUGUAAUUGAAGUAAGAUAGAUGCAUUUAGCACACUUUGGACCAAAACUAUGUUACAUGAAGUGUUAGCCGUUAAUAAAUAAAUAAGUAAAAUAUGGUAAACACAUAUUAUUAUACCACUUUUGGAGUCUGAAUAGCUUUAAUGGUUAAUAAAAAUACAGCAAACAAAAAGAAAAUCUAUAUCCACAUGUGAGAAUACAUUCAAAAUAUGCAUUGGAGGAAAUAGCCACUUGUUCAUGCCUCAUAAUGUGGUGUAGCUACACUAAGGUUAAAUGUUUGGGGUUCUUUUUGUGCUGGGAGGAAUAAGUAAGCUAAGACCCUCUGUUCCCUGAGGGUUAUGGGAAUAUUUAUCUUGCCAAUUGUUGGUCGUAUGAAAUACGUGGGCAACAUUCAUAAAGACUAUGAUAGGUGGAUACAAAUACCCAGUAUAAUGUAUUGCCUCUUGAGCAAAGGUAAUUUUUCAUGGUUUAGGUAAACAUCUUGUAUGAUGAUAAAGCACAAUGGUUUCUUGAAAUAAUUUUACAGCAAGAAGUGCAUUAGAUUGCUUGUCUUGUGGCAUUCAAUUGAGAAUUGCAGGUGCCCUAUGAUAUCACUGUCUUACAGUGCAGACGAGCUGGGUUGUGAAUUUCAAUAUAGUUAAAAAUAAAAAUAAAAUGAGAAAUAAAGCAACCCAUUUUAAAUCUGCAUUAAAGAUGUCUGUAAUGAUUAAAAAAAGUGUGGGAGAGGAUAUAUGGUCGUUCAAUGAAGCUGUUUCGGGCUUGCCUGCACUUUUCCUUGGUUUGAGUGAAGGAAUUAUUUGUAUUGCUGACAUUAUCAGGUCUCGCAGUGUUUUUGUUUUGAAUUUUAUCAGCCUAUUGAUCUGUACCCUUUGUAAUCUUGUGCAAAACAACCCUGUGCAAUCUAUCAAAUCCCUCCGCCUAUGUACAUUUCUGUAAAUAGUAACCAGAAAGUAAACAUUCUUUAGUGCCGUGUGUAGAGCUAAUGCAGAAAUGAUCUUUGUGACUGUAUUUCUCUUCUAACGAACUAUUGCUAUUGUUGGUGUGUCAACAAAGUGAAAACGGAAACCUGGGGCAAAAUGGGUUUCAACCUAGACGCAUGAAAUAUAUGUAUAUUUACUUUUUAACUUGUGUUGUAUGUUCUGUUCAGUUCUGGCUGUUUUAUCUUGACAUUGACAUCCAGUGAUGAGUGAGUGGUGCAAGAAUGCCAAAGAGCAACAACUUUUACUCUCUGGUAUUAUGUAUUUCAAGUUAUAUAACUGACUUUAAAGAAAAACUAUUGAUGCCUUCCUGAUUGGCUCGUAGCUUUAUUUUAUUUUUUUUUCUCCCAUUUGAUAAUGAUAGAUAUUUGAUAAUGGUGUGUUGAUAUCACUGCCUUAGUAGCCUGAAAUCUCAGUAUUCUGGUAUAUUAAAGAUAUUUUCUAUUUGAAAUUUGACCCGCUUUUAAAAAAAAUGUAAUUAUAUAGCUAAUGCGUUAAAAUAUUGGCAUAAAAUAAAUAGAAAUCGAUAUUUACCUUAAGGAAACGGCCAUUACUGUUUAGUGAACUAGGCUGUAAUUUUUUUACAAAAAGCAAAACAAGAUAUGUGAACACAACCCCAGUGAGAAAAGUGUAUAAUUUAAAGCAGACCGGAGCUUCCCUGUGCCAGGUGGAGUAUCCAGAUAGGUCCCCAAAUACUUCCUCCUGUCUUCAACAGAAUAUAUACAAAUAGAAUAGGGGAUAAUCUGCUAAAUACAGAAUAAAUAAAAUAACAUAGCGUUUAACUGUGUGAGAGUAAGUAACAAAAUGUUAGUUACAACUGGCCACUCACAAAUUUCCAGAUGUAAAACAGCCUUUAGUAAAAUCUCUCCUCCAAUAUCCACUGUAUUUUCUCAUCUUCACACUCUCAUCAGUAGAUUGGAAUAUGUAACUCAAGUGAAAAAUAUACAGAAAAAAAAUGUAGUGUGCUUCCAGAGUAUAAUAAAAAAAGAAUUUAAUAACUUACAUAUAAGCAUUAAACAAUUUGUUUGUCACCACUUGGCGCCUCGUGCGCUUCCAGAGUAUAAUAAAAAAGAAUUUAAUAACUUACAAAUAAGCAUAAAACUAUUUGUUUGUCACCACUAGGCGUCUUUGACGCCUAGUGGUGACAAACGAAUUGUUUUAUGCUUAUAUGCAAGUUAUUAAAUUCUUUUUUAUUAUACUCUGGAAGCGCACUACAUUUUUUUCUGUAUAUUUUUCUCUUGAGUUACAUAUUCCAACCUACUGAUGGGAGUGUGAAGAUGAGAAAAUACAGUGUAUAUUGGAGGAUAGAUUUUACUAAAGGCUGUUUUACAUCUGGGAAUUUGUAAUUUUUUUUGCAUGGGCUGUGCUGCAGAUCUUUCUUCUGAGAGUGAUACAAACACAACAUGGACAAAAUUGAUAUAAGCAACACAGAACUAAAUGUUCUGAGCUGCUUGAUUGACAGCUCCAGUAUUUUUUGUUGUUGUUGUUUAACGGCAACAAUUUUUAGAAAUUGCUGCUCCUAUAGCCAAGUGCUAGUUAUCAGCAUAGGCUUGGAGUUCUCUAAUAAUGCAAGAUGACUUUUGUGUUAGACUGAGUAUUUAACUCUUUUUUUUAGGAAAGACAACUGAGCAUCAUAUUUAAAAAAAAAUAAAAAAAAUACUACUGUAAACUGGCACUUACCACCAUGUAAAACCUCACUGUGAUCCAGUAUUUAGCACUUUUCUAAAAAAAAAAAAAAUCUCUCUUCCAUCCACUUCUAGCUAAUCAAAGGGAAAAUCUCAUCAAUCCAUAGCAUAGGAAUUAUUUAAAGGGACACUAUAGUCAUCAGAAAAACAACAGCUUAAUGUAUUUGUUUUGGUGUCUGGUAACUAUAGUCAGUCACUGCAUGCUUUUUGCAAUAAACACUAUAUUUUUCAGAAGUGCUUCCUGGGGCAGUGCUGCACAAUGUGCUAGAUGGUGGUUUUAACACUAUAGGGUCAGGAAUACAUGUUUGUGCUCCUGACCCUAUAGUGUUCCUUUAGUAUUGUAUAGGCAUCACCGUGGCUCUUCUUCACUGAUGCUGGGGUCCAUUUACAGAUUGCAGAGCCACUAAUUGUUUACUCACUUGGUAGACUUAAUUGAUUGAACCUUUUCAGACAGGAUUGCAUUUCCUGUUUUAUAGGGAUACGCCAGGCUGAAGUUGACCCCUUUUUACUAUUAUUAUAUUUUAAUAGACAAUAACCGUAAAAUACACUCUUUUCAAUUAUAUACUAUCCGGAUGCCAGUUUUCAGCAAUAUUAAUAUAUUGUGGAUGUGGUUCACAAAACAAAAUAUGCAACACAAAACUUAUCUCUAAAUUUUCCUCGUUUGGUUUUAAUCUGAAAUUUUCUCCAUGAUUCGGCUCAACGUUUUCAGAGAGUCCUGACCCUUCCAUUGUGUGUCUGUUUUUUGUUUGUUUAUUUCCAGCAGAAAGAGAUAUUUAGUUCAGCAGUCCCACGCUAACGUCAUUCAGAAACCUCAAUCUGAGUUUAUUUUGCACGCUAAUAAAUACUUUGAAGCAGUUUAUAAAUGCUUAUAUAGUAGUUAUGCAAAGUGCUGCAACUGUGAUGAAUUGUAUACAGUGGAGCUUCUUGUACCCGAAGGGACACCGGUUGCUCUGUUUGAAGUGUCCCUUUAAAUGCAGACGCGUUUCAUUUAAGCACUCUGCACUGAAAAGAAAACUCAUAGCUUCAACUUAAACAUACAUCAAAUAUUUUAGUUCUAAAACUAGAAUAAGCAUGUUUAAUGAGUCACCGUUUUGCUUAUCAUUGUAAAAUCACAAAUCUAAGAAGAAAUUACAAAACUAGCACUGCUAAAUUCUAUAAAACGGGUGAUCAGCCACAGGUGUUUUUUUGUUUUGUUUUUAUUUAGAAGGAACUUGCUAUACUGGUAAUUUUUCAACACAUUGCUUAAUCAAGGGAAUUUAAAAUGGCAGUGAGUUGAAUUGUUUGUGUGGUUUAAUGAACCCAACAACCUCUCCCUAAUGUCCCUUGAACCAUUGCACUGUGUAAGGAUCGGCAACCUGCCUGUACUCCUGUAAUGUAAGCUAAAAGCCGAAUUAACAAAUGGGAAAUGUUUUGUUUUUAUUUGUUUUACAUUUUGCACCAAUUAUUUAACGAAGAGACCUGGUUUUGUUUUAUAUAUUGCUAUUUAAUGCGUUGUAUAAUUAUCCUGUUGCAUUGUUGCUUUAAAAACAUUGCCUUUUCAAAAUAUUGAAUACCUUGUUUUUAUGUGUCUCCAAUAAACAUUUUUGAUCUUUGUACUUUUUAACUGCUUAAGAGUUGUUUGUGGAAAGACAAAAUAGAUUUAUGGUGCCAUGCACAGACCAC